CGGUUGCGCUGUGUAGACACGUUCUAUGUGUGUUGUAGGUGUGUUGUUAGAUUUCGUCUCCAUGUUAGCUGUCUGGAUAACUUCUAACAACAGCAAGAUGAUUUUGUGUUGAGAAACAGUCAAGCGCUGAUUAGAUUAGUGUUAUAAUUGUAGUGGUUACAUGCGUGGAUUCAAUUUGAGAGGAUACCAGCUGUUAUUUCUUAAUGAAAUGCGUGUGUUGACAUGUUGAGCUGUGCAGUUGUUCAUUCAAUAUCUGCCUAACCAUUCAAGUAUUCAAGCCUUAAAUCGAAUUGAGCUCAUAAAUCAAAAUGGCGUCGAUCAAUCGCCCCCCCCCCCCAGCGCCCCUUGUCCAUUAGUUAAGCAGCAACAUCACCUGGCCACUCUCGUGAUUUUAAAUAGACUUAAGUUAAGUUGUAGGUAGAGAUUUCUGUAAUGUUGAGCUGUGCAGUUGUUCAUUCAAUAUCUGCCUAACCAUUCAAGUAUUCAAGCCUUAAAUCGAAUUGAGCUCAUAAAUCAAAAUGGCGUCGAUCAAUCGCCCCCCCCCCCAGCGCCCCUUGUCCAUUAGUUAAGCAGCAACAUCACCUGGCCACUCUCGUGAUUUUAAAUAGACUUAAGUUAAGUUGUAGGUAGAGAUUUCUGUUCACUUUGUGUCAUGCCAGCUCUUUAUUUAUGAAGCGAAACCUGGAAAUAACGCAAAACCCUUGGGACAGCACACGGGUGGUACUAUCUGCAGGUUCAGUGUUUUAAAAAAAAUAGUUCCGUGCCUGGGUGAUGUAGCGCAUAUGCCAAGCUUCGUUAUUUCCAGGUUUCACCGUAUUAGCGCUCUGAGAGGUCUGCCUUUUCUUGGCUUCUCCCUCAAGUCAAAGUAGAAGCGUUCUCAUGACCAAAGUAGUAACUAUUACAGCGUUUCCCAAAUGACGGGUUGGGACACCUUUCAUCUUGAACAGGAGACCACUGAUGCAUUAAAAAAAAUAAUUAUAUAUUAAAUAUUUUUUUCCUUGGCACACCCAGUUGUAGUAAAAAAGGUCGGAAACAUUUCUAAUACGAUACCCCCCCCCCUUUUUUUCCCCCCCUUUGUCAUGACAUGUAUGACGCGGGGGUUGUCAACACAGACUUGUCAAGAUUAUAUACAUAAAGUUAACAUAUUUUUCUCAUAACGUAACAUUUACCAAGUUUAUAUUAAUUGUUCUACAAUUUUUGUAAGGGUAAAUGGUAAUUAUGCGAAGACUGUCUGGUGUUACCUAUAUAAUCCAGUAUAAAUUAUAAAAAUGUUGGUGGGUACCAAGAAGUAGUAUUUAAAAACAAAAAUAACUGACCACAACAAGUAAAGUUUGCGAACCUUUAAGUUUCUAAUGCCCCAAAAUAUUUGAAAGCAAACAGCCCACACUCAACAUUAAAAGACUAGAAAGAUUUGAGCUUCAAGAGUACAACUUAAUUUGACUGAAAUGAUACUAAACGGCUAAAACCAUGUGAGUUUCAAACCGAUUUUCAUCAGACGACUUUGUUUAGAUGUGUAUAUUGCCGAAUGGUUUUUACAGGUGACACGCAGUAAUAUUUAGUUCAAAAGUUUCAGGUGACACAUAGGAGUAUAUAGUUGAAAAGUUUCAGGUGACAUGCAGGAAUAUUUAGUUGAAAAGUUUCAGGUGACAAAUAGGAAUAUAUAGUUGAAAAGUUUCAGGUGACACAUAUGAAUAUAUAGUUGAAAAGUUUCAGGUGACACGCAGGAAUAUUUAGUUGAAAAGUUUCAGGUGACACAUAGGAAUAUUUAGUUGAAAAGUUUCAGGUGACACGCAGUAAUAUUUAGUUCAAAAGUUUCAGGUGACACAUAGGAGUAUAUAGUUGAAAAGUUUCAGGUGACAUGCAGGAACAUAUAGUUGAAAAGUUUCAGGUGACAUGCAGGAACAUAUAGUUGAAAAGUUUCAGGUGCCACAUAAGAAUAUAUAGUUGAAAAGUUUCAGGUGCCACAUAAGAAUAUAUAGUUGAAAAGUUUCAGGUGCCACAUAAGAAUAUAUUUAGUUGAAAAGUUUCAGGUGCCACAUAAGAAUAUAUUUAGUUGAAAAGUUUCAGGUGCCACAUAAGAAUAUAUAGUUGAGAAGUUUCAGGUGCCACAUAAGAAUAUAUUUAGUUGAAAAGUUUCAGGUGCCACAUAAGAAUAUAUAGUUGAAAAGUUUCAGGUGCCACAUAAGAAUAUAUAGUUGAAAAGUUUCAGGUGCCACAUAAGAAUAUAUAGUUGAAAAGUUUCAGGUGCCACAUAAGAAUAUAUAGUUGAGAAGUUUCAGGUGACACAUAAGAAUAUAUAGUUGAGAAGUUUCAGGUGCCACAUAAGAAUAUAUUUAGUUGAAAAGUUUCAGGUGCCACAUAAGAAUAUAUAGUUGAAAAGUUUCAGGUGACACAUAAGAAUAUAUAGUUGAGAAGUUUCAGGUGCCACAUAAGAAUAUAUAGUUGAGAAGUUUCAGGUGCCACAUAAGAAUACAUUUAGUUGAAAAGUUUCAGGUGCCACAUAAGAAUAUAUUUAGUUGAAAAGUUUCAGGUGCCACAUAAGAAUAUAUAGUUGAAAAGUUUCAGGUGACACAUAAGAAUAUAUAGUUGAGAAGUUUCAGGUGCCACAUAAGAAUAUAUAGUUGAGAAGUUUCAGGUGCCACAUAAGAAUACAUUUAGUUGAAAAGUUUCAGGUGCCACAUAAGAAUACAUUUAGUUGAAAAGUUUCAGGUGCCACAUAAGAAUAUAUUUAGUUGAAGAGUUUAAAACAAAAUAAAACGUUGUCCCUUUCCAUUGACAAACAGUACAGUACCCCUAGAGCCAAUACAGAGCGGCACCACUGCUGCAUUUUGGUUGGUUGCAAAAACUUGAAACAAAGACACUAUUGAUGAGGUUACUAUCUUAGUUAAGCUAUAAAUAAACCAAGACAUACGGUAAUAGUUUAUGGCCAUCUGUGUAUUUUUUGUUAUACCCAGACAGGAAUAAAAAGAAACGGAUUUAACUCAUCAUCUCACCACGUGAUCACACUCUGACAACUCACCAUGGAUCUCUUACAAACACCAGCCGGUCAUCUCGACGCCCAGGGCCCACAGCUUAUUCUAGAGGGACCGUCCGGUGUCCUCCUCAAGCCCCUACCACUGGCGCCGCCGCAGGCGGCAGCCGCGGACAGGAUAGGCACGAGCCCCACACCACGGAGACGCCGCGGAUCUCGCACCCCAAGUUACCACGUGAAAGAGGUACCCCAGUGCUGCACGAGCCAUGGUUUGACCGCACCCUUUCCUUUGCUUUAAUUCUCUGACGUAACACCCCAACCUUCCCUUCCCUCCACCCCACCCAUUAAAAAAAUGAACACGUUGCCAAUAAAACUAUGUUGUGCCCACUGAAUCGAUUUUCCUCUUCUUCUUGCAAACUGUUGAACUCCAUUUAAUUGAAAAAUGAUUGUGCAGAAAUUAACUUUUAAAUCAUGGCACUAAUUUGCAUUUUGACAGCUGGCUGGCUACCUUUGGUGUUGGUUGUGCUGAGAUAGCUUACUGCUGUGUUGAUGGCAAUUGUCUACUAACGUGCGUGUUUGACUAGCUUCCCCUAAGGGUUCUUCAUGGACCGGGGCCCCAAGUCUUUAAUGUCCUCGGCUAGAAGCCCCACCAAAGGACCUUAGUACAACAACAUUCCUGAAGACUGAUAACGGGAAAAUCCAGAGAAAAAUGGUAAAAAAUACAACGAAUUUGGGGAUUAUAUACAAUGUAUAACAUCAACACAACCUUACAGCAAUGUUUCCCAGCAAACCAACAUGUUCCAUACACACCAACCUACCACAUAGACAUGUUCCCUACACAUCAACCUACCACAUAGACAUGUUCCCCACACACCAACCUACCAAACAAGACAUGUUCUCUGCACACAUCCUACCAAACAAGACAUGUUCCAUACACACCAGCCUAACACAUAAACAUGUUCUCUGCACAUCAACCUUCCACACUGGCAUGUUCCCCACCCAACAUACUACACCGGCAUGUUUCCUGCAAAACGGAAAUAUUCCUUACACACCAACAUACCACAGCGACAUAUUCCCUACCACACCGAAAUUUUUCCUACAUACCACACACACAUUUUCCUUACAACCCAACCUACAACAACGGCAUGUUCCCUAACACAUGGACAUGUUCCCUACACACCAACCUACCACACGGAAAUGUUCCAUAGAAACCCUUUGUAUCAAACAAGGAAGUUUUUCUCUCUCACUACAAAGUCUUAAAAAUGCCUAUCUGUGUAGAUCAGGAUGGAAGAGGGGUUAUGGGUGAAGGGGUGAGUGUAUGAAACACAUGUUUGUUUUAUUUACUUCAGAAGUCUAAUAGCAAUCUUUCCUUUUUUUUUCAAAUAUCCCUUUUGAUAGGAGAGACCAGGAAAAUUUUCAAUGAGUUUAUUGGGAGCGGUGGCCCACCAAAAAAUGCUUAAGGUCUCAGUGCUUGUGAGACGUGGACGUUACAUUGGUAGUGAGACGUGGCCGUCACAUUGGUAGUGAGACGUGGCCGUCACAUUGGUAGUGAGACGUGGCCGUCACAUUGGUUGUGAGACGUGGCCGUUCUAACUUAUUGGAUAUGAAUUUAAUACAGUUGCCACUGGAUAUAUCAACCUGUGGGAAUGUAGUCAUACGAUAGAUAAUACCAUGAGAUUUGUCGCAGGUGACACAAAAAAUCAUUAAAAAACCAAGAGGAAGUCAAAUAUGAGCCGAAACAAAUAAUGGAGCGUCACAGUUACAAUGCAAUGGGUAAAAUGUAUGUAAGAAUAAAUGGUAUAAAUUAUGUUGAAAUACAAUGGUAUAAUUUUUGACAGAAUUCGAUUCAAUUCAACUUUAUGAUAUUUGGGAGGUGCUAAGUCUAAAUAAACUUUUCUACUUUAAUUAAUAAUUUAAUGAACAUAAAACCCCCCUAAAGUUGCUAUCGUCUGAAAUAUUCGAUCAAGCCGAUAUUAAAUGUGAAUGGCAACACACUUUCCCCCAAAAUAUGAUAUUCAAAUGUCAAUGACGACCCAGUUACACAAUAAACAUGAUAUUUAAAUGACAACCCAUAUACCCUACACAUAUGAUAUUUAAAUGUCAAUGGCAACCCAGUUGCCCAGAAAAGAUUAUGUUCCAAUGUCAAUGGCAACCCAGUUGCCCAGAAAAGAUUAUGUUCAAAUGUCAAUGGCAACCGCAUAUACCAAAUAAAGAUGAUAUUCACAUGUUAAUGUUAGCUCAAUUUGUCAAUGACUACCCGCAGUGGCCCAAGUCUACCUCGAUAUCUCAAAGGCGACUGGUGUCCAGCAAAACAAAGACAACAGGUCUCCUGCUAAAAAAAGGGAAAUCGUCUCCUGCUAAACAAAGACAACAGGUCUCCUGCUAAACAAAGACAACUGGUAUUCUGAUAAACUAAGGCAACUGGUCUCCUGAUAAACAAAGACAACAGGUCUCCUGCUAAACAAAGACAACUGGUUUCCUGAUAAACAAAGACAACUAGUCUCCUGAUAAACAAAAACAACUGGUCUCCUGUUAAACAAAGAAACAGGUCUCCUGCUAAACAAAGGGAAAUCGUUUCCUGAUAAACAAAGACAACAGGUCUCCUGCUAAACAAAGACAACUGGUAUUCUGAUAAACUAAGGCAACUGGUUUCCUGCUAAACAAAGACAACUAUUCUCCUGCUAAACAAAGAAACAGGUAUCCCGCUAAACAAAGACAACAGGUCUCCUGCUGGACAAAGACAACUGGUCUCCUGCUAAACAAAGAAAACUGGUCUCCUGCUAGACAAAGACAACAGCUCUCCUGCUAAACAAAGGCAACUGGUCUCCUGAUAAAAAAAGACAACUGGUUUCCUGCUAAACAAAGACAACGGGUCUCCAGCUAAACAAAGGGAAAUGUCUCCUGCUAAACAAAGAAACAGGUCUCCUGCUAAACAAAGACAACAUGUCUCCUGCUAAACAAAGACAACAGGUCUCCUGCUAAACAAAGACAACAGGUCUCCUGCUAAACAAAGGCAACAUGUCUCCUGCUAAACAAAGACAACAUGUCUCCUGCUAAACAAAGACAACAGGUCUCCUGCUAAACAAAGACAACAGGUCUCCUGCUAAACAAAGACAACAGGUCUCCUGCUAAACAAAGACAACAGGUCUCCUGCUAAACAAAGGCAACAUGUCUCCUGCUAAACAAAGACAAGAGGUCUCCUGCUAAACAAAGGCAACAUGUCUCCUGCUAAACAAAGGCAACAUGUCUCCUGCUAAACAAAGACAACAGGUCUCCUGCUAAACAAAGACAACUGGUCUGCUAAAUCCCUUAGUUAUAACUUUGCUAUCAAUGAGAAAUCUACCAAGACAAGUUCACCCACUCAAUGAAUUCAAUUAAAAUGUCCAUACAUUACAAUUCAAACAUAUUUCAAGGAGCUGCCAGGUUAUCCAUCAGCUGUGCGUCACACGGUAUACUGAUCCAAUAUCCUGAAAGGUUGUAUGUUCUUUAACGCCCAUUGGCUCUCCACCACCCACCCGAACCUCAGCGAGAACCCGUCGAAUUCUAUUCCUUUGUCUUCAAACUCAUUGGUUUUCAUAAAUGUAUCGAGUAUCGACCAGGGAAGUGCCUCAAUUAAUCGAUACCAGAAAAUGGUUAUGUCUCCACCUGCAACCACGCCAAAGCCCCAUCAAAUUGGCCAAUGUUGUGACAAGUGGCUUCAGGUGUAGAGCACCAAGAGGCCGGCUACUUGACUGACUCACGCAUUGACUCCAACAAUCUGUUUGGUACAUUAUGGGAUUCAUUCGUAUGUGUGACAUUUUCGGCAACGCGUCUAGCUCUGAGUAUUCCUGAAGGGUACCUGUCUAUAAGUGGCGUGUUUGAAUAAGACCAUUCUGUGCACAAGGACGAACUGGGAGAGUACAAUUAAUUCACACCUUUUUAUUUCUUACAAUACAAGGAGGUGAGUGACUACUUCGCAAACGCGUUAGAUCGAACUUUUUUUUUCUCCAUAACAGACAGUAAGAGUUAUGGUUCAUGGGGCAGUGUCUGGUAGCAAGAAUGGAUGUCCAAACAAAGACGUGGGCCUAGCGCGGCCCUCGACAUUAUAGUAGAAAUGGGUGAAAUCAACAGCGGAACCCACCCCCUCCACCCACACACAGUGAGCACAAUUUUUCAACAACUUUACAAUUUUUAUUCCGGCCUUUGGGGCCGUCUAUGAAGUACGUCACGCUUCAAAAAAAAAAGGGGGGGGGGUGUUAGAAAGUGUGAAAGGGGGAGGGGGGAUCAGGCAAUGUGUGCCGUCACACAAUUAUUUAAAAACAUUUUAUUUUUAAUUUAUUAUUUAUUCUUUUAGUAGAUUUUAAUAGCUUUAAACAAUUUUUAUUCCGGCCUUUGGGGCCGUCUAUGAAGUACGUCACGCUUCAAAAAAAAAAGGGGGGGGGGUGUAAGAAAGUGUGACAGGGGGAGGGGGGAUCAGGCAAUGUGUGCCGUCACACAAUUAUUUAAAAACAUUUUAUUUCUAAUUUAUUAUUUAUUCUUUUAGUAGAAUUUAAUAGCUUUAAAAUCAAUUUUCAAAAAUUUUGUGAAACAUUUGAAUUAGUUUUAUGUCAAAAUAGCAUGAAAUGCGUAUCUCCUGAAUGUGUUCACGAUUCCUUUCGCUAGGAGCGCUAGUAUGCUGUUGCGAAGCCAUUUAUGUUUAGCCUUGCCGAGAUCAACAGGAGUUUUCCAAGUACAACCAUAUGAUCUUUAGUGUCCAUCAAUGUUUCCUUAAAGCUGCGCGGCCGCGCAGCCGCGCAGCAAUCUAACAGACGCAGCAGUUUUGAGUACCGCGCAGCUAAUUUCCACUUAAGUGUGUGUUUGUGUCUGUAGGCUGUAAAAUUUUGCACACAACUUUAUGAUUUUGCACACGAACCAACAAACCUUAGAGGGAACAUUGGUGUCCAUCUGUGCAGACCAGCGUACUUGAUCAAAUUUGCAAAGUAUGUCAUUUAUACUUUGCCUCACAAACAAUUUUGAAGAAACAUGCAGGACAACACAGAGCUCGGACUUAAGAGAAUGUGCCAACCCAAACUGUUCCAGAAUCAACUCAGAUAAACGCAUCAGUCCUUUGAGAAUCGCUGCUAGAAGGCAAAGAGAACUCAUGGCAGUUAUUGCCAGAAGAGAAAAUGCACAUUCAGAGGAUGUUGAGUGGCUAGAUGAGGAUGUUGAGUGGCUAGAUGACGAUGUUGAGUGGCUAGAUGAGGAUGAAGUGGAUCUAUCUGUAUCCUUCCAGGAAACGAUGAUGGUGAAAAUUGAUGCCAGUCGUAACUAUGGAUGAACACUUCACUUCAUCAUGGAUGGAUGAUGUUCAGUGAAUAUUUUUGAAUUAAACAUAAUUCACAGGCCCAUAAUAAACAUAUUCAAUAUAGCACAAGAGUUUGUCACAAAAUUUGUCAAUCUAGUCUUUUUUUUUAGUCAAAUUGUUUUGUUUCCUUUUUAUUAUUUAAUCACUGGGUGAGGUCAAGUUUCGCCAAUUUACUUCUUAUCUUGUGUAAAAAGAUUGCAUAAUCGGAAAUUAUCUAAACUUGACCUCAACUUUUGUAAAUGAAAAAGCAGCAGAUAAAUGAUGUGUAUUAUAUAAUUGUCUAGUCUAAUUUUUGCAAUUUUUGUUAUCAUAUUCAAUCUAGAUUGAAUUACUGCUGCAAUGAAUAACUAUGACAAUUGUUGACAAUAAACAAUUCUACUAUUAAGGUCAUUUUAUAGUGUGUUAGUUCUUUUAAGUGGAUAGUUUAAAUUUUAAUACAGUUUAAUAGUGAAGUGUGUUUUAGAUUAAAUUUUAAUUAGGUGUUAAUUAAAAAAAAAAUUGUUCGAAAGUGGGACGUACUUUAGGGGGGAGGGGUCCGAGAUUUGUGACAGGGGGGAAGGGGGGUUAAAAACGGUCAAAAAUAGCGUGACGUACUUUAUGGACGGCCCCUUUGGUGUUGUCUCUGUCGUGGUGACAGCUUCGACUGUAACACCCCAGGGCGGCCUAGUGUUUUCACAGAAAGUGAGCGUUUCUUACUAUGGGAAUAGAAAUCUAUCUUAGUAGUAGCUUAGAAAAUGUAGUGCUAUAUUUUGAUGGGUCCAUCACCAUAUGGAUCAAGGACGUGUGCAAACCGCUACCAGUACUAGUACCGAGACCCAGGGUCCCGGCACUAAAAUAUAGUACUUGCAGUAAUUGUCGUUGUUGAUCAGGAAAGUGUACACACCCCUCAGCACUAAGAUAUAGUACUGGCGGUACUUGUCCUGGAUCAGACGGUGGUAGUUUUCAAUUAUUAGUCUCCGCGUGUUACUUUGAUCUUGGAGUAAGCAGACGGAACCCCAAAAUUCCCAGCAAUUCUCUUCAUUAGUUUAUGUAACUUCCCUGGAGGUAUAUAAUAAUUAUUGUUUACCCUAAAACAGUCACGUCUCGUUGGGGAUUGCAACAAUAAAUGUAACAUUUUCUUAAUAUACAUCCAUUAUGUUCCAAGCAGCCCUGAAUUUUUGAAUUGACGUGGCCCGUAAACAUUGAUCCGAUGAAAGGUUUUACAUAAUUUCAGUAGACUAAGGCGGGCCCCAGAGACCUAUUGACAAUCCUGACUUUAGAGAACUCACACUUUGUCGACUUUCGGGAACUGCGGCUAAAGUACACUCAGACUACUAUAAUAGUCGGAGACUAUUUUGAGAGCCGGUCCUCAAGUAAACUCAUACUACUGUAUAAGUAGGUAAUUAUUUUGGCAACCGCUGCUCAAGUACACUUAGACUUACUGUGAAAAUCGGUAGUUAUCAUCAUUACGCUCUUAUGCCGACGACCUGUAGCAGGUACUUGUCAGGUUGAUCACUCUUUGGGACGAUAGGCCAGAUUAGUGAUAGAGCGGAUAACGUAAUAGUUGAAGAGAUGACAGGAUUGACGUGACCCGUGGUUAUUCGCGUGUACACAGAGGAGUGACCUCAGACGACACGUUGGCUGUCCUUACUUUUAGCCUGAACUAACGGGGCGAUGGUGGUCGGCGAAGUCAGCAAGGGAUUUUUUUUUUAAUAUUUGGGGUUGGGGGUGGGGGGCAUGACCAGGAUCUCAUUUGUUAAAAAUAACGUUAAUAUUUUGAGAUGGAUUGACAAUAAACUAACCCAGUGGUUCACAACCCUUUUGACUAGCUGAUAACCUUUUAGCAUUCAUUUAUUUAGGGGAGAUUCUAAUGCCUUACAAGUUUAAUUCAAUUUUUUAAAAUAAUAAUUUUUGUCCUGGAGCGGCCGCGGAGCCCAUGAGAAGGGCACGCGGAGCCUUUAGAGCUCCGUGGAAAACAUGCUGGGAACCACUGAACUACACGAGUCAUCCCAUAUCCCCAACAUUGACUGGAUUACUCACUACUACUGUAUUAUUAUGUACCCAGGGCGUAACCCUGUUGUUUCUUUUUUUCUUUUACACCAGGUCCGGGUCUUUUGAGAAAAUACCAGGUGGGUCCAAGUGUUACACAAAAUUAAUUACUUCUCAUUUUCUAUAAUAUAUGCCGGCCUUUAAACAAUAGAUCUAUUGACAGUCCUACACCCUACCUGUCAGCCUUUAAACAAUAGACCUAGAGACAGUCCUACAGACAGUUCUACAGACAAUCUUACACCAUACCCGUGGCUCUUUAUUGAUUAACAUAAUGGUCGCCACCGAGAAAUUCAACAUUUUUACUGAGUUCAACCGUCACGCAUGAAGCUCGCUGCUUGACAGCUUCCCCCCCCCCCCCCCGCCCCCCACUAAGUACUAUUAAUAUAAACAUAUCGAGCAGGGGGAGGGCCGGUUGUGAAAAGGAAGCAGCCAUACCAGAAGCAAAUUUUAUAUAAGAUAUUCUCACACUGGCCCCUAAAAAAAUUCAAUAAAAAAAAAUAAUUAAUCUCAUCUCUUUAGUAGGGGCCCAUCCAUAAAUAACGUGCGCAUUGAGGGGAUAGGGGGGUGGUGGCUGAUAUUGCGUUUGGGGAGGGGUCUCCAGAGAAUGUGUACGUACUUUAACGUGUACGUACAUUAACAUGCACAAUCUCUGCAAUAGUUAACCCGAAGACUGUAAAAAGGCUUAUAAAAAAAUAUCACCGCUAUGUUUCGUAAUGAUCUAUUUCGUUAACUAAGCCCAGAGACAACUUCAGUCCAACGGGCAGUUCCUGGGGGCACUAGACGAGGUGCCACGGUUCACCUCCCCCAAAACCUAUUAGUAUUACAGCUUCAUCGUUGUGGCGUUAGAGGUAAGGUCAAAGAACUCAACAAGCUGUUCCACGACCGGGUGGUGGACGUUACACGUGACACUGCAAGAGACACUACUGAAUAAGCCCCAAGUACACAAGACGGGCAAUACAGUAUACUGGCGUUCUUGAGCAGAAGAAAGAAAAAAAAAACAACUUCUUAUCGGCGAAGCUUGUUAGGGCGUAAAAGUCAUGGUGGGACUGAUACCCUUACUAAUCACUUGAGGCCAGUAAGUCAUUUACCGUUGUCCGUUUUUAAAACAUCUCCAGAGGCCCGUAUAAACGACCUCUCUAUGGCACAUAAAUCAGUAGUAAGAAACGUUACUGCCGAGUAUUUCAAUGCCCUCAAGGAUGAUAUAAAUAUAAACAUACACUAUACGUAACGCCUCUAGCAAAUACACGGAUGAUAUGAGCAUACACUGUACGUAACACCUCUGGCAGCUACACGGAGGAUAUCAGCAUACGGUGUACGUAACGCUCCUGACAGAUACAAGGAGGGAGACAGAUCUCACUAUCAAUUUGAUCCUCCUCCGAAGCAAAGACCCCCCCCCCCCCCCCCCCCCCCCCCCCCCACUGGCAGCUACACGGAGGAUAUCAGCAUACGGUGUACGUAACGCUCCUGACAGAUACAAGGAGGGAGACAGAUCUCACUAUCAAUUUGAUCCUCCUCCGAAGCAAAGACCACCCCCCCCCCCGAGUCAUCGACUUACUUACAUAUCUGCAACUUUAUUAAGCCAAUUAACUGUUUGCAAUGGGGUAAACAUUUCAAAUAAGGAUAUUACAUUUUUUAAAAAAUGUUGUUUCGGAAUAUGAUACAUUUUCCCCAUUGGAAGCAGAGGCUUUACGCACACCUUUGAUGUUCUGUUGUUCGUGUCAGAGCCAAGUUCUCUAACCGGUUAAAACAAAACUUCCAUCAGAGUAAUCUUUCUGUUAUUCAGUGUUAUUCUUUCGGGAGAAUUGGUUUAAUUAAGACCUGGCCCUUUAUCAUUUCAAACCUAGGUCUGUGUUAACACCACCGUGUGUUAUGACGAGCCAAAAGAGAUCAAUAAGAGUCGAAAUCUGUAGUCAAAACUACGCUUAAGGUCAAGAUGCCCUCUUCAAAGCAAUGCCCAUACGGUGGGCAGUGGUAUAUUGCUAAGUACGCCACUGAUGAACGCUGCUUAAGCCGCCCGUGCAAAAAUCUGUAUGCAUUUCGGACCGUAGCUCAUAUGAGAGAUGAUUAAUCGUACCAUUGAAGCCGAUGGUCAAACAAUUAUUCAUUCUUAAUUUGUUGUAAUCAUUAAAAAAUUAUUUUUUUAAACAUGUAAUGUUAAAUAUAUAGAUUCUCUUGCUAUUUUAAAUACUGGAAAGAAGUGACCGAAUUUGCUGAUAAUAAAUACAGAGCAGGCAGUCACUUUUUUAGACCGCACUUCGUAAUUCAUGUAAAUUAAGGCGGGCCGGAAGGGCAUUCUUGUGGACCGGCACUUGACCUCGGACAGGGAGUUCAAACACACUACACUAGAGUACUUGCUUCUACCUUUAGAAUACUUGCCUCUACCUUUAGAAUAUUUGCACCUACCUUUAGAAUACUUGCCUCUACCUUUAGAAAAUUUGCCUCUCCCGUUAGAGCUUGCCUUUACCUUUAGAAUACGUGCCUCUAACUUUAGAAUACUUGCCUCUACCUUUAGAAUACUUGCCUCUACCUUUAGAAUACUUGCCUCUACCUUUAGAGUACUUGCACCUACCUUUAGAAUACUUGCCUCUACCUUUAGAAAAUUUGCACCUACCUUUAGAAUACUUGCCUCUACCUUUAGAAUUUAGAAUACGUGCCUCUAACGUUAGAAUACUUGCCUCUAACUUUAGAAUAUUUGCAUCUACCUCAAGAAUAUUUGCUCCUACCUUAAGAAUAUUUGCCCCUACCUUUAGAAUAUUUGCCCCUACUUUUAGAAUAUUUGCCCGUACCUUUAGAAUAUUUGCCCCUACUUUCAGAAUAUUUGCCCGUACCUUUAGAAUAUUUGCCCGUACCUUUAGAAUAUUUGCCCCUACUUUUAGAAUAUUUGCACGUACCUUUAGAAUAUUUGCCCAUACCUUUAGAAUAUUUGCCUCUACCUUUAGAAUAUUUUCCCCUACCUUUUGAAUAUUUGCCUCUACCUUUAGGAUAUUUGCCUCUACCUUUAGAAUAUUUGCCCGUACCUUUAGAAUAUUUGCCUCUACCUUUAGAAUAUUUGCCCCUACUUUUAGAAUAUUUGCCCGUACUUUUAGAAUAUUUGCCCAUACCUUUAGAAUAUUUGCCUCUAUCUUUAGAAUAUUUUCCCCUACCUUUUGAAUAUUUGCCUCUACCUUUAGGAUAUUUGCCUCUACCUUUAGAAUAUUUGCCAGUACCUUUAGAAUAUUUGCCCGUACCUUUAGAAUAUUUGCCUCUACCUUUAGACUAUUUGCCCGUACCUUUAGAAUAUUUGCCCGUACCUUUAGAAUAUUUGCCCGUACCUUUAGAAUAUUUGCCCGUACCUUUAGAAUAUUUGCCUCUACCUUUAGAAUAUUUGCCUCUACCUUUAGAAUAUUUGCCUCUACCUUUAGAAUAUUUGGCUCUACCUUUAGAAUAUUUGCCUCUACCUUUAGGAUAUUUGCCUCUACCUUUAGAAUAUUUGCCCGUACCGUUAGAAUAUUUGCCCGUACCUUUAGAAUAUUUGCCCGUACCUUUAGAAUAUUUGCCCGUACCUUUAGAAUAUUUGCCCGUACCUUUAGAAUAUUUGCCCAUACCUUUAGAAUAUUUGCCUCUACCUUUAGAAUAUUUGCCUCUACUUUUAGAAUAUUUGCCUCUACCUUUAGAAUACUUGCCUCUACCUUUAGAAUAUUUGCCCGUACCUUUAGAAUAUUUGCCCGUACCUUUAGAAUAUUUGCCCCUACCUUUAGACACAACAUCAGUCAAACGAGCCGAGUAAAACAAGUCUUCACGAAUGACGGACAAACGUGUCAUUUCAUUUUUAGAGUUGGUAUGUGGGAUCAAUUAAAACGAUGGAACACCUGACUUAAAAAGGACGGAACAAUAAUGAGCGUAUAACACAUCUGUGCGAGUUGUCCAAUUAAGGUUACCGAAAAAAAAAGUAUGCCCUUUUCCAUUUGAUUGCACUUAUACCGUAUCUUUUUAGGCCUCGGGACGCCUUGAUAUCGAUAGGUAUAGAUUUGACAUCAGUCAAAAGGAUUAAAUAAUUUGUGGAGAACGGAUAAGAAGACAAAGCGACCUCUGCUCUCUUAGGGGGCGGACUUUCACCCAGAUUUGAGUCAAGUCAGUCUUCAUGCCAACAAGGGAAAGUAUAAAUUUGAGCCCUGUCGUGUCUGAUGGCUAUUAGUAUAGUUCCCCUUGAAUUGCACCUUUUUUGUAUAAAUCUCAUAAUGAUAAAUGUUUGAAUAUUAACCGUUACCUUCGUAUCACCCCCUACUCCUCAAAUCACAAAGAAAGUCACCACAUUCUUUAAAGUAACCAACUGUAAAUACUUAUACCAUAGCAUUCACGUGCCCUGGAUGCUCACCCGCAAGGGAAAUCCUUUACGUUAGGGCAGGGAGACCAAAUCAUGAACUGGAAAAAAGGGACACAACCAAGAGGGGUUUGCGGGGGAGGGGGGAUGAUACCCUCCAGCUAAAGAGGGAUUCGGGGGCCUCCGCCGGAAACUAUUUAUUGAAAUAUGCUUAUUUUAACUAUUUUGAGACUUUUAAUUUAAUUUAAACUCUGAGGCAUAUCAUAAACGAAAACAAUAAUUUUGCAUUGAAUACCGCACUUAUUUAUUUAUAUAUAUUUUACAACAUAAUAAAACACAACAAAUUAAAUGCAGCUAUCACGCGAGCACACAUCACUACUGGCACUGGCUACACAGCUAGCCAAAAUAUUACUUGAAGUUAUAUUAUAAAUUAGGAAGUUUAGUGAUUUGAAAAUAUGUUUGGUUUUAUAAACGGGACAUUUAGGCGUCCCGAGGGACUUGUUCGGGAUACCGGGUACGAUCGUGACGUUUGGUCACCCUACUUGACGUUAAAAGUAAACCACAUCUCGACACCAUUUCAAGAAAGCACAAAGUGAACACCCAUUGUCCCAUUUUCAACAUGUGUACUUAACAUAGCCUUAACAUAGCUGCACUCUUAAAUCUGAAUUUUCACAUUUCAUUAUAUUAUCUCCCUAUCAUUUUGUACGGAUCAUUUCUAGUAGUUACCCUUUUACUUAACAAAUACAUUUCUACUCUAAUUAAAUAAUCGAAAGAAAAAAAAAAUCAUUAUAUUGUCUUCCAAUACUUUUUGACGGAUAAUUUCUAUAAGUUACCUACUUACUUUUCAAAUGAAUGUGUGGUCAUGUAGUUUUGAAAAAAAAUAUUCUUUUAAAUGCUGCAUCAAGAUAUCAAGUAGCCAUUGACAACACGCGCAUUCCUCACUCUACCCCCUUCACAUGUUUCCCUAAUGUGCAAAUAACGAUGCAAAGUGCACACCUACGCACGUCUGCUUGUAACGGUCUUAAGAUAAUAAAUAAGUCUCGAAUUUAAGAACAGAAGGGUUGCCGGGAAGAAAAAAAAUACUGUUGUUCUGGUGGCGGGAGGAAAUGGAAGGAGGAGUAUGAAAGGAGGAGGGAGAAAGGUAGGGCGGAGGCAGGAAGGGGAGAGGGACAGAGGGGGGAGAGAGGGAGGAAGGGUAAAGGAGCGAGAGAGGAAGGAGGAAGAGAAAAAGUAGAGAGAGGGAGGAAGGAGUGAGGGAAAAGGAAGGAGUGAGGAGAGAGGGAGGAUGGAGGAAGUAGGAGGGGGGUAACGACCAAAUGGCAAAACGUUCAGUAGAAGCGAAUAGAGCCAGAAAUGCCACCAUCCGGCGCUCAUAUCUGGUAGGUAACAAAUUUUGGAAUUCCGUUCAGGCUUUUAUCAGACGACACGUGGGGAUGCUAACAAGCGAGUGUUCCAACAGCCACGUGACACCGUGGUCCUCUUGACGUAGGCCUAUCCGUCGGAACCGGAGGUGGAACUGGGAUAGGGUCAGGUGGCGGGAAACUGAGCAUUCAUGAACGCCUACGGGGCAUUUAGGCAUUGAAAUAUAUAAUUGCUUUAAGACAAAAUGACUAAGGAAAUGCGCCCUGUGCUUCAGGAAAUUAUAGUAGUUCUAUCAUCCAUCUUAGAACUUACUGAAUGAGCUUUUAUCUUUACUACAACAGAAUGUGUCGGCUUUAUGUCAUAAAAGGCCCUCAUCCUAGACUCAUUUCAUUUUGACACCUUAAAACUGCCAGUCUUAAAAUAAAUCUAGCGAUUGUUUUAAAAAUUCUGGCUCACCCAAUAAUGGGAUUUCCCGAUUUCCAUCCGUUCCACAACAGAACCUACUAACUGGAGUGUAAAUAUCCUGUAACUAGUUCUUGCUUUUCAAAACACCAGUACACGUUGCUACUGCUCGGGGCGUGUUAGAUCGAUUGUGAUGAGCCGGGUGGAUUAUAACAUAUGGCCGGGGUAGCCAUUUAAUAUAUCUACGCCACACCCCGGUCGGCGCGCACAACGACUGCACCCCACCCUCUCUCCAUAACUGCUCACUUCAUAACCUUUACCCCCCCCCCCCCCCCCCCCGAGCUAGCAGACAAAAUGAUAUAUUACACCCGAAAACAAGCAGGGGGUCAAUUAUGAAACAUUCUUUCUAGGCACUGCCUUCAUUUCAAUACAUGCCAUUAGGGAAAACCCACCAAUAAACAUUUUAGUUGAUUUUUGAGAAGGAGAGUUUUGGGUGGGUUUGGGCAACCCCUCCCCCUCGAAACCCUGGUGGCAAAAAAGAUAAACCAGGGGAGAACAUCUCGUUAAGCCAUCAAAACAAAGGGCACGAUUUGUAGGUAUUUUGCAGUGGGGGGCGGGUAAUUUGGGGGAGGGGGGAAUUCUUGUGAUUUUCGUUUGCCGUCCGUCGUUCCAAUAUGUUCAUUAGCUGGGCACUGGGCCGACUCCUUGUAGACGCUGGAUAGAGUGAGCAUCCAGCCUGAAGGAGAGUGGCUGAUCUUUCUUACCGGUGCUGUAUGCUGCUUGCCUCGCGCAUUCACUUGGUUAGGAUUCCGGUAAUCAGCCAGUGACAUUUAAGACAAAAAUUCUUUUUACGAUUAUGACACUACGGCAUCACAGUUCUGACACUUGUGUCCGUGAAAUGUGCUUCAUUCUGUUCUGUGAUUGGAUUGUGUGCCAACAUAGGGGGGUGGGGGGUUGUAUGGCUUCAUUUCUGCCUGAGGCGAUCUAUGGCAGGAUGGAACACUGGUGAUAUAUUAUUAUACGUUCCGAAUCAAACAGUGGUGAUGGAUAUUACUGGGAUACUAGUUUCGGUGUAUACGUGUUGAUAGUAAAACUGUGAUCCCGGAAGACUUUAAAGCUUUGUUUACUGAGUGGAUCAAGUAAGACUCCCCCCCCCCUAUUGCCGCAGACAUUGACGUGGCUGGUCGCGUGAUGACCGCAGCAGCUUGUGGUGACAAUGAAUUUACUUCUGUUGUGGCGAUGUUAUUUAUCUCCUCUAAUCUCUAUUAACCCCUUACGUGUCGUGAUGGCGUCGGUAGAUAUACGGGCCGUGAAAUGACAAGUAUUGUUGGUAAACUGUGUCACACAAUGGCCAGGUAGCAUUGGUAAGCUGUGUCACACAAUGGCCAGGUAGCAUUGGUAAGCUGUGUCACACAAUGGCCAGGUACCGUUGGUAAACUGUGUGACACAAUGGCCAGGUAGCUUUGGUAAACUGUGUGACAAUGGCUAGGUACCGUUGGUAAACUGUGUCACACAAUGGCCUGGUACCGUUGGUAAACUGUGUGACACAAUGGACAGGUAGCAUUGGUAAACUGUGUCACACAAUGGCCAGGUCCGUUGGUAAACUGUGUCACACAAUGGCCAGGUAGCUUUGGUAAACUGUGUCAAACAAUGGCCAGGUAGCGUUGGUAAACUGUGUGACACAAUGGCCAGGUACCGUUGGUAAACUGUGUGACACAAUGGCCAGGUAGCGUUGGUAAACUGUGUGACACAAUGGCCAGGUACCGUUUGUAAACUGUGUCAUACAAUGGCUAGGUACCGUUGGUAAACUGUGUCACACAAUGGCCUGGUACCGUUGGUAAACUGUGUCAAACAAUGGCCAGGUAGCGUUGGUAAACUGUGUGACACAAUGGCCAGGUACCGUUGGUAAACUGUGUCACACAAUGGCCAGGUAGCGUUGGUAAACUGUGUGACACAAUGCAAGGUAGCGUUGGUAAACUGUGUGACACAAUGGCCAGGUAGCGUUGGUAAACUGUGUGAUACAAUGGCCAGGUAGCGUGGUAAACUGUGUGACACAAUGGCCAGGUACCGUUGGUAAACUGUGUGACACAAUGGCCAGGUAGCGUUGGUAAACUGUGUAACACAAUGGCCAGGUAGCGUUGGUAAACUGUGUGACACAAUGGCCAGGUAGCGUUGGUAAACUGUGUGACACAAUGGCCAGGUAGCGUUGGUAAACUGUGGGACACAAUGGCCAGGUAGCUUUGGUAAACUGUGUGACACAAUGGCCAGGUAGCGUUGGUAAACUGUGUGACACAAUGGCCAGGUACCAUGGUAAACUGUGUAACACAAUGGCCAGGUAGCGUUGGUAAACUGUGUGACACAAUGGCCAGGUAGCGUUGGUAAACUGUGUGACACAAUGGCCAGGUAGUGUUGGUAAACUGUGGGACACAAUGGCCAGGUAGCUUUGGUAAACUGUGUGACACAAUGGCCAGGUAGCGUUGGUAAACUGUGUGACACAAUAGCCAGGUACCGUUGGUAAACUGUGUGACACAAUGACCAGGUAGCGUUGGUAAACUGUGUGACACAAUGGCCAGGUACCGUUGGUAAACUAUGUGACACAAUGGCCAGGUACCGUUGGUAAACUGUGUGACACAAUGCAAGGUAGCGUUGGUAAACUGUGUGACACAAUGGCCAGGUAGCGUUGGUAAACUGUGUGACACAAUGGCCAGGUACCGUUGGUAAACUGUGUGACACAAUGACCAGGUACCGUUGGUAAAGUGUGUGACACAAUGGCCAGGUACCGUUGAUCAACUGUGCGACGAUAAGUAACCGUCUUAUUAAAACACGAAACUUAAUGUAUUGAUUGCCAUCCGGCUUCUCGGCUGAUUUCUUCCCGCAGUGAACAGAAAGCUGAUGGUCAUGUGUGACCGUUAAUUCGCUGUGUAAGGGAAAGUGUAAAGCCAGUGAGUCUCAAACAUACUCUAUCGACUCCUUAAGGUCUCGCUAAUGAGGAUGUGUGUGGGUGUUGGGGGAGGGGGGCUGCGGUUUUCUUUCCGUACAUAAUAAGUGCUUUAAUCUUAUUAAAUAAUAAUUAUUCAAUAUACAAAUCAACACAUCUUGAUAUUAGAAAUAGAAAUCAUUUCGAGCAUUAUGGGAAUAGAUGUGGAACAAAAGUUUUGGCAGCAAUAACACUAUUAACACGGUCAAACAGGUCCACAUUUCAGAAAUCUAGGGGGAGGGGGGGUGUACAGCAAGAACGUAAAACUAUAGACCUUUGUCAAAAGACGUAAAAUGUUAUUUCAAAACAUUUUAAAGAGAGUACUAAAUGGUAGGCCUAAAUGUCACCAGUUUAAAUUAGUGAAAUACUACAAACAAAUAUCGAAUCGUUGGAUAUAUUUUAUGAUCCCACUAUUUAAGGCAAAUCUAUACAUAUGAUUCGAUUCCAAAUAUUUUUUUUUAUUAAACCUACCUUCCCAACGUUAUUAAUGCAUAUAAUUCAAAUAUUUUGAAUAUUUAGUUCUUGCUAAAAAUACUUAGCUAUGUGCUGAACAUGAAUAUUUACAAUGUAAUCAAAUCACAUUUCCAUUUCUUUAGAGCAAUUAACGCACUGUGUCUUACCUUAGUUAUGCUACAUUGAUCAUCUGAUUACAAUUUCUAUUUGAGAUAAAAAAUCAACUUUGAAAUAGGGUGGGCUAUAAAAAUCAUCUUUCUGGGAAAAUAAUAACAUCAUUCUAAAUUGAUUUCAUGAAUUCUGAGCUGGAUAAGAAUGAUUUUUGUGUGUGUGUGUUAAAUUCAAGACAUUUGUGAACAAAUUAAGAUUCAUCAUGCGCUUACUAAUGGUGCACGUUUCAUCCAUGAUUUUUAAAUCUAAAUCGUUUGUACUUAGACUUGCUUGACAUGUAUUGCUUUUGUGACGCAGUUUACCGUACAACACAAGGUAAAAAGAAAUUUUAAAUGCACAUAGAUGCCUAGACAUACAAUUCUGAAAUGCUUUUCUCUUUUAAAUAUCAGAAUUGAAUAAAUAAACGCCCCUUACAAUUUGCAAGUUAUUAUUUUAAGAAUCGUCAAUUUUUUAACCUAGAAUUGUUGAAAAUUAAUAUGCUUGAUGAGUUAAAGUGGAGGAACAGCUUUUAUGCAUGCGGUAAAAACCAAAAAGAACCCGUUAUAAAUGUUCACAAAGGAUCUAUAGACGCAAUCUACUACAAAAAUCAUUAUUUUAGAAAAAAAUUAAAUUUCUUAUCAAAGAAAAUGUACGCCUAAUUUAUUAAAGCUUUGUUUCAUAUUCGUUCAAUAUGUAUUAUGGUGUCAGUAGAUCAAUCUGACGUUACGUGCCGGCACGACGUACCAGUGCUUAUUUGGACUACAUUAUUGUAUUAUUUAUUUAGUAGCGAAGCAAGUGAAACAAAUAAAGAGUUGUUUUUUAAAAAUUAUAAAAUAAGAUUAACAAUAAGUAAAAAUGAAUAAAAAAUAAUUAGGUAAUAUUAUAAAAAGAACCAGGUUAAGACACACCUGUUUCCAAGCAUCUUUUCUGUGGAUUGAUGCAAAGCUGAAGUCAGGCAUUUGCCAAUAUGCAUAACUAGGUUUUAAAUUUCUCAAAAGAUCUUGGGGUGGGGUUACUUUCCUCUUCCCCUACCCCCGAUCAAAGGUACACUACUGGCAACUUUGCAUCUAUACCGAGAAACCUAUAGAUGUUAGUAACACAAAUAAUCUAGGGCUUAACCGGGUGCAGUUUUAUUACACCGGGUCCGGGUAUUUUGCGAAAAUACCCGGUGGGUCCAAGUGCUAUUUAAAAAAAAGGAAGUUAACUUUUUCAUUUUCUAUAAACAAUACGUUUAAACAAUAGUCCUACACACAGUCCUACACCUACCUGUCGCCAUUUAAACAAUAGUCCUACACACAGUCCUACACCUACCUGCCGGUGUUUAAACAAUAGUCCUACACACAGUCCUACACCCUACCCGCCGGCGUUUAAACAAUAUGCCUCAAGACAGUCCUACACGCUACCUGCCGGCCUUUAAACAAUAGUCCUACACAGUCCUACACCUACCUGCCGGUGUUUAAACAAUAGUCCUACACACAGUCCUACACCUACCUGCCGGUGUUUAAACAAUAGUCCUACACACAGUCCUACACCCUACCCGCCGGAGUUUAAACAAUAUGCCUCAAGACAGUCCUACACGCUACCUGCCGGCCUUUAAACAAUAGUCCUACACACAGUCCUACACCCUACCCGCCGGCGUUUAAACAAUAGUCCUACACACAGUCCUACACCCUACCUGUCGCCAUUUAAACAAUAGUCCUACACACAGUCCUACACCCUACCCGCCGGCGUUUAAACAAUAGUCAUACACACAGUCCUACACCCUACCUGUCGCCAUUUAAACAAUAGUCCAACACACAGUCAUAAACCUACCUGCCGGUGUUUAAACAAUAGUCCUACACACAGUCCUACACCUACCUGCCGGUGUUUAAACAAUAGUCCUACACACAGUCUUACACCCUACCCGCCGGCGUUUAAACAAUAUGCCUCAAGACAGUCCUACACGCUACCUGCCGGCCUUUAAACAAUAGUCCUACACACAGUCCUACACCUACCUGCCGGUGUUUAAACAAUAGUCCUACACACAGUCCUACACCUACCUGCCGGUGUUUAAACAAUAGUCCUACACACAGUCCUACACCCUACCCGCCGGCGUUUAAACAAUAGUCCUACACACAGUCCUACACCCUACCUGUCACCAUUUAAACAAUAGUCCUACACACAGUCCUACACCCUACCCGCCGGCGUUUAAACAAUAGUCCUACACACAACUCUACACCCUACCUGUCGCCAUUUAAACAAUAGUCCUACACACAGUCCUACACCUACCUGCCGGUGUUUAAACAAUAGUCCUACACACAGUCCUACACCCUACCCGCCGGCGUUUAAACAAUAUGUCUCAAGACAGUCCUACACGCUACCUGCCGGCCUUUAAACAAUAGUCCUACAUACAGUUCUACAACCUACCUGCCAGCGUUUAAACAAUAGUCCUGCACCCUACCUGCCAGCUUUUAAAAAAUAGGACAGUCCUACAGACAGUCCUACACUAUACAUGUGGCUCUUUAUUGAUAUAUAUAAUUUUCGCCUCCGAAAAAAUUGAACGUUUUUACCCGAGUACAACCGUCACGCAUGACGCUCGCUACUUGACAUUAUUUUUUUCCCCACUCAGUACUAUUAAUAUAAAACAUGAUUAGGAGGAGGAGAGUCGGUUGUGAAAAAGAAGCAGCCGCACCAAAAGCUAAAUAUAUAUAAGAGAUAUAGAUUUUCUUAACUGACAAAAAUAUUAUUUCCCUUCAUUCUGUAGAGUUGUACGAUAUUUGUCUUUAUAGAAUCCAAGGGCGGAAAGAAGAUGGGGUUAUUGGGCAUACUCCCAGGGCACCAAAACUGGGUGAAUUCAAUUUAUUUUUGGGCGUGGGCACCGGAUUAAGAGCUGACGCUGGUUACCAAUAUGCUUUCUUUUGGUGUUUAUUAUUGCACCCCCCCUCCCCCGGACAUUCUAAAAUGUCGCCCUCAGAUCAAAAUUUCUGAAACUCUGCAUACUUCUUAAUACAAGUGGAUUGAAAAGGGUACAACAAGUGGAUUGUAACUCGCGUGGGUUGAGAAGUGGAAAGGGGGAGGGAAUUGAGACAGAUGGGGCGGACAGAUCAAUCUCCAGUCGCGAUAUAUUAUCUGUGACCUUUUCAUAUUGUGUGUAUCAGAGAAGGUGGGUGCCGCACUGGAGGGAGGCAAACAGGCCCCUGUCAACAAGGCCACGAUUCGAAGUCAAUAGCCGCAAAUCUUUGCAACGCAGUUGUAGCGGGGUUACCUUACAUGUACUACAUAUUGUGACCUACUGCAAGAUAAAUACCGUGAUCGUAGCAUGUGAUGUGGCCUACUGGUAGAUGUUUACUGUGUACGUGGCAUGUGAUGUGACCUACUGGUAGAUGUUUACUGUAUACAUGGCAUGUGUUGUGGCCUACUGGUAGAUGUUUACUGUGUACGUGGCAUGUGAUGUGGCCUACUGGUACAUUUUUACUGUGUACAUUGGAUUUGCCCUCCUGGCAGGUGCUUAUUGUGUACACGGCAUAUGAUGUGGCCUACGGCAGAUGUUCACUGUGUACACGGCAUAUGAUGCCCCCUACUUGUAGAUGAUUACUGUGUACGUGGCAUGUGAUGUGGCCUACUGGUAGAUGUUAACUGUGUACAUGGGAUGUGAUGUGGCCUACUGUUACAUUUUUACUGUGUACAUGGGAUGUGCAGGUGCUUAUUGUGUACACGGCAAAUGAUGUGGCCUACGGCAGAUGUUCACUGUGUACACGGCAUAUGAUGUCCCCAAUUGGCAGAUGACUACUGUGUACGUGUCAUGUCAUGUGGCCUACUGGCAGAUGUACAUACAUAGACUACCGCUUAUAACUUGUCUCAUGUAGCUUGUUAAUUAGCCAUGCCAAUAAAUAAAUCCCAUAAUCUUUAUUCAUUAAAGUUAAAGACAAGGUUCUCUUACAGAGCAAUUAAUUCUAUGUGGCAAACACAACUAGGAAGAAAGUCGCACAAAUAUGGCUAUCAUUUUUUAAAAUCAAAAUGUUGAUUUUUUAAAGAGAUGUUUGUGACAUCGGUACUUAGAAUCACAGUACAAUAUCAUUGACGCCAACACAGUCAUGUUUCCGACGAUUAUCACCCUCUAUUUUUUUUUACUAGGGCUUAACCGGGUGCAGUUUUUACACCGGGCCCGGGUAUUUUGAGAAAAUACCCGAUGGGUCCAAGUGUUUAAAAAAAAAAGAGUUACCGGUGACUUCUUAUUGUCUAUAAUUUAUGCCUGCCUUUUAACAAUAAGCUUACAGAAAGUCUUAUACCCUACCUGCCGACCUUUAAAUAACAUGCCUACAUAUUGUCCUACACCCUACCUUCGGGACUGGAUACAAUAGUCCUACAGACAUUCCUACCUUACACCCGUGGCUCUUUAUUGAUUAAAAUAAUAGUAACCUCCCUGUCCUCCCUCUAAAGUCUUAAAGAAAAAAACAUCACCAUUUUGCUUGAGUUUAACCGUCACGCAUGACGCUCGCUGCGUGACAGCAUUUUCCCCCCACUCAGUACUCGUACUAUAAAACAUGUUGAGUAAGACGAAGGCCGGUUGUGACAUUGAAGAAGGACACACCAGAAGUAAAAUAUAAUAUAUGAGAUUAAUUGAUGUGUUUCUUGUUUGUUUAUUGUUUUGGGGCAGGGUGUAGAAGUUUAGUGUUGCGCCCCGUGUAUUAAAGCGUGCGACACAAGAAAACAUUCGCCAACAUAUUCGUGGCGUAGCUAGCUAGGGCUAGGGCCAACCCUCAACGACAAAAAAAAAUACAUUCUAAGUUGGCCGAAAAUACCGCCCUUCGUAUAUAGAGCAAAAGUGACGCCCGGGGCGGAACGCCCCUCCUUUUCUACACCAGUCUACCACCUUGCAAUUUGGUUUCUCGCUCUGGGUCUUUUCUCCGUCCAUUUAUCUUUCAGUUUGACGUCCGCGGGAUUCUAUCCGGAGUUAUCUCCCCCCCCCCCCCCCCCCCUCCAGGAUUUUUCCUUUUAUCCCGAGAGACCUUAUAUUUACUUAUACGCAAGCGGUUACUCGACGAUAAACAAUGUCCGGGGAUGAAAGACUGCAUGUAAAACACACGCGUAAGUAAACUCGUAUCAUAGACCGCUGGUUUUAAAUAGCAAGGCUUUUGGCUCAACACAACAGGUGCAAGCAAAGCUGGCAUAUUUGUUAUUGGAGAUUGGGGUUGGGGUGGGGGGGGGGGCUGGGGGUCUGUGCAACAUACACUUAAACUUCAAUACAAGCUGUUGGGAAAUCAUCAACAAAAGUUUAAUUUACCACAGCAAUAUUUUUCAUAGCAAAUUUCUAUUUAUUACAAAUUUUAAAAUAAAUUCAGUCCGACUGCAAAUCUAAAAGUCAAAAAUGGGAUUUCGCCCACUUUAUCUGCUACUUUCUAAAUAAUUGUAUGUCAAUGUACAUUAUUUUUUUUAAUACUGUUGCUAUUUUUUACAAUACCAAUAUUGUUUUUACGAUAAUUGUAUUUUUGUUUUAAACGUACGCAACAAAAAUAAAAAAAUAAAAAAUCUUCGCUAAUGAACGCCAUCUGUACAACUCUGUGAAAUUAAGGCGUGGGAGUAUAUACCAAUAUGUAGUCAGAUGUAUGAAUAAUAGAAGAUUAAUGCAACCCAUCACCGUCACUGUCAGUCCAUCAGCAGAAAUCAUUAAAAAAAACCGACAAGGUUUACCAGCUUGUGAUAGCCAUUCCUCCGUCGAAUACUGGCUUAUUGCCCCUUUUCUUGCUCUAUUUUCAUAAUAAUUUCACGAUCAAUUGUUGUAGCCAAUUUAACGAGGCCUGAAAAGCAUGCGUUUUGUGUUUUUUAUUUUUUUUGGUUUUUGGUUCAUUUUUUAAAUUUAAAAAUGGAAAUUUGUUGAUACACCAAUGACUAGACUAAUACUAAUAGCAGUUAACACAUUUUCUAAAAUUAAAAAAACCCAACUUUUUACAGCUGACAUUCUCCUUUUGGGGGGCGAGCUAACGCUUUUUAAUGUUCCGACAAGAACUUUACAGGCGUGGCACGCAUCUGCUGGGCAUCGCCUUGGAUCAGACUUUCUGUGUCUAUGUCUGGGGUGUUCCCAACCCCUCCACUCAUUCGUAGCGGGCACUCGGCUAGCCCGCUUGUCCAGGGAUCCACUUUACAGACGUGGCACGCAUCUGCUGGGCAUCGCCUUGGAUCAGACUUUCUGUGUCUAUGUCUGGGGUGUUCCCAACCCCUCCACUCAUUCGUAGCGGGCACUCGGCUAGCAAGUGCACUACUGUCUCUGGCGCCUGUCCGCAAUGACGACAGCUCGAGCAGGUCAGUGUUCUGUUCUCAUCUGGAUGAUGAGGCUCUGGUGUUCCCGUUAUAAUUUCCACCACUGACCCCCUUUCCUUGUUGAGUGUGGCAUAUUCUGUUUUACGGGCCGUGUCCCCUUUCACCCAGCUUUCAACCAUUCCUCGUGAAAGAGGACUUUUAUCUUUAAACCAUUGUUAUGGCAUGUGUGACGGCCUGAUUUUAGCGUUGUGGCCACCACUACUUUUCUCCCAUUUGUUUUGUUUUGAUACUGGCGUCACCCAGUAAAUGUGCUAUGCCACCCCUUUACCCCCCCCCUCCCCACACACGCAGUUUUCCCUUGAUUGGGUAAAUGUUGUUGAAGUUUAAAUACCUUCUAUUUGUUCUAAAGAAUGCUAUCAGGUGAGGCAAUAUCUAGAUUUUUUUUUACUGGAUGGUUCUGAUUUAAAACCCUAUAUAUAUAUAGGCCGCCAGCUUUCCUAGCCAUGAGAGAGGUUCUUGCUAAAUAUCCUAGACAUAUACGAGACUGUCUAAUGGCAAGAGUACUCUUUAUGUGUGUCUCAAUUAAUCUCUGCAUCUUUCGAGGAGUGUACCCUUUCACGUGCUGUGCUUUAAAUUGAUAUAGUUUUAAUGUAUAUAUAUGUAUAUAUAUAUAUAUAUAUAUAUAUAUAUAAAAGUCCAUAAAAACUCAUCUGUUUAGGUCCGCCUAUGACCUGUGAUGCACCCUCCUUGCCCUGUCUCAUUUUCUGUUUCGGGUUGAUCCUGAAGUAAAGGCCAAAACGUGUCAAAGUGUCCUCGUUUUAUAGCCAUUUUCAUUGUUUCUAUAGUAUAGUAGUUACUAUCCUAGUGUCUCAUUUUUAUUUUACUUAGUUUACAUGUUUUUCAUAAUUGUAAAGCGCUUAGAGCUUUAUGGUAAGCGCUAUAUAAAAAUGCCUAAAUAAAUAAAUAAAUAAUGGUAUAAUUAAAUUGAAUUUUGCAAGAAUAACUAGCUUUGGUAUAGUUUUCCUUUGUAUAUUGGUUUUCAGUCCUAUGUAAGGUAGUGUUCAUUCUACGAGCCAAAUCUUACAACAGAUAAAUUAAAUUUUCAAACCCACAUAACGGUUCGUAACACCAUACUUUAACCCCCCAACUGGAUCACCGGUCGCUUUGAUUGUGGCUGGGUAGACCCUUGCCUCUCUAGAAAGUCAGCUCUUUCAUUCUGGAGCAGCUUUGAUGGUUGUGAGGUAAGCUCACUUUUAUUUAUAUACACAGGCCCAGGUUGCGACAGCUGGGAGUUUCUAAAAUUGUCAUAUUAUUGUCACAUCAAGAGCUGCUGUUUCCCAAAUAGUCAUACAAUGUCCCACAUAUAGUUACCGUUCGGUCAUACAAGUGUCACGUAUAUAAAGCUCCUGUUUCUCAAAUGUCAUACCAUUGUCACACACACAGCCCCCUGUGUUGCGUACCCUUAUGGUUUAAAAAAUUUAAACUCUUUUACGAUUUGGCUGGUAGAAUAAACAAUAAAAAAAUGCGCUACAAGGGACUUAGAAAACAGUUUGCAGAGAAAACUAUAACAAAGCUAUUGAUCCUAAUAAUAUUCAAUUUAAUUAUACAAUUAAAAUUCUAUAAAACACAAAAAUUUAAAUAUAUUGAAACAAAAAAACUAUAUCAACUUACAGCACAGCAAGUGAAAAGUGAGCAAUACUCGAGGGAUACAAAGAUUAAUUUAUAGACACACAUAAACGGUACAAUCUUGCAAUUGUAAUGUCUCGUAUAUGUCUAGGAUGUAUAGCUAAAAUUUCUCUCAUGGCUAGGAAAUCUGCCGGGCUAUAUAUAGGGUUAAAUCAGAACCAUCUAGUAAAGAAAUUCCUCGCAGACAAGACCCUUGGUGGGGGUUAGGUCGCAGGUAGCAGAGUCUAGAGUAACAGAUGCGCACUGAGCACUGUCCUAUCGGCACAUACUUUAAAAGGCUAGACCAGGGGCCUCAGACUCACAUUCUCCGAGGGCCGCAAGAGGUUGAGCCUGAGUGAGACUGGGCCGCAUCAAGUAUUCCGCAAAAAAGCGAUUACAAAUUCAAUAAAGUGAAACUGUUGCUAUCUGCUCAACGUUUAUUAAUAACAAAUAAAAACUUUAAGGGCUCUCAAAAACUAGCUUCACUUACUUCCUCCUACUCCUUCUUGCCACAGACCUGGCAGUGCUUCUUCUUACACAGCUGAAUAACAUUUGGCUUGAGUGAGGAAGCAACUGGGACCCUCAGUAUAGCUUGAAGAUGCUCAUCAAUAAUUUUUUCACUGAACUUUCCACACAGAUAGGUACUCCCAAAAAGUUAUAUGAUCCGCUUGAACAACCUGAACAUCUCAGUGAAGUUGGAGGGCAGGGCUCUUAUAAAAUGUCCAGGCUUUUCAUUUUCUGCUUUUCCAUUCACCUCCCUGAACUUAGCCUUAAGCUCAGUAUUGCACUGUGAUCUAUCAGAAGCGCAACAAGCGAUGAGUCAGCAAAAAAUUGAAAAGUGGCCCUGUGUGUUUCGAAGUCUGCAAAACUGUGAGCCUUAUCGUAGAAAAGACCUUUUUGAAUAACCCUAUUUUGAAAGUGACCAAGCAGACAGGCUCGGAAUGUCCCUCACUCCUACACACUAGCGGCAAUUUUAAUAGGGAUUCUUUGAUACUGUGUCAGAUUGCUACGAUUUACGCAAUUAUGGUUGUGCAUUACCCAUAGGCUUAACCAUAACAGGGACUCUAUAACUGUCUUAUUAAACUUUUGAUAUUUGUAUAUACAAUAUUAGAAGCGUAUUUUCUCAAAACGGCACUUUGGCCAUGUUGUCUCACAAAAUGCUACAAAAUAAAAUCUUUAAUUCCAAUUUUAAAAGGUUUUACCAUAACAAUCAACGUCCUAACCUAUAAAAAAAAUAACAGAAAUCAGAAUUAUACUAGUCUGUGAGAUUCGACUGAAACCGCCGCGGAUUGUCCAUUAUACAUAUGAGAAUGGUGAAAACGCAUGGCCCGCAUUAACACUAAACUUUGCUGUCAGGCAUCGGUCCUAAAAAAAUAUUGCCUUACUUACGGGCUGCAAAUGGCCCGCAGGCCGUGAGUUUGAGACCCAUGGGCUUGACCAUAAUAGGCACGCUAUCUGUUGGCAUAGGAGCCUGAUCCAGAAACUCUAGAGCAGUGGUUCUCAACCUUUCUAAUGCCACGACCCUUUAAUACAGUUCCCCAUGUUGUGGCGACCCCAACCACACAAUUAUUUUCGUUGAUACUUUAUAACUGUAGAGUAUGUGUUUUCAGAUGGUCUUAGGCGACCCUUGUGAAAGGGUCAUUCGACCCCCAAAGGGGUGCGACCCACAGAUUGUGAACCGCCCCACAGAUUGUGAAACGCUGUUCUAGAGCAUGUUGACCGAAUGACCCUCACUAGAUGUUUCAGGGAUGGCCAGAGCGGCGGGAGAGCCAUACGCGAGGAACAUGUUAUAGUUAUAAAGCACAACUUAGCAGAUGGAGUGAUUGGCAAUGUACUAGCCAAGGUCAUAAGAGAGUAAGAAUGUGUGCGUUAGUUAGUAAGAAAUUCUAGAAAUUGCGCCAAUUGAUAUCAUUCUUUAGAACAAAUAUAACUCACUCGAACGUAAACAAUCUUUUCCCAAUCAAGGGCGGGAUGGGUAAGAAGUGGCACAGCAUGUUUGCUAGGUGACGUUAUAAUCAAAGCAAAAAAAAAGGAGGGGGGGGGCAAAUGAUGGUGCCUCAAAAUAUGCCUAAACAUAAGCCGUAACACACGGUUUCUCACAUGUUCAUACUGUUGUCACACAAACAGCCCUUGUUUCUCACAAUGUCAUAUCAAGAACUCCUGUUUCCACGAUACACGCCCAAGUCCAUAAACACAUGUCUCCUUUAUGGUAACUUCAGUAGAGCCACGUCUAUUUCUCGAACAGUGAGUGGCUACUUGGUCCAACUGACUUGGUUUAGGUGCCUUUAGGUUAAUCCGGCACUGAAUCUUAGCUACCCCAUUGUGGGGGCGCACCUCCCUGGGGACGCACCUUCCUGGGACGCACCUUCCUGGGGGCGCACCUCCCUGGGGACGCGCACUAGUUCAGAAUGGGACGCGAAAAUAUUAAUCGUUGUUCGUGGCUAUAUAAUAAUUGACUUAAUGAUUAUGAAGCAAGAGGGGCGUAAAGAAUAGAAAUUAACAUAUGUAGCGCAGUGUUACAAUAACCAAUUGAAACCACUGCCAUGCCACGCGAGUUCAAGUCCCGUUCCAUCGCCCUAUCUUUAGAGUGUAAACAUUGUGACCUGUAGGUGUCGCCAGGCCUAAGCCGCCUCAGAGCAUCACGGUCACGGUUACACCGAUGGAUUGUCUGAGGUGAGGGAAGAACAUCGCUCUAUCCAGGUGUAAACAAAGGUCUACGGCGGUGAUUGUUUGACGAAAGUAGCAACAGUAACGAAAGUAUGGGGGGAAAAGUCGGGGGGGGGGGGGGGGGGGGGGGGGGGGGCUCGGGCCCUAAAUGUUAUGUGGAUGACACACGGUGGUCGUAUCGGCUACAACUUUUUGCUGGCUCGCUGAAGGUAGUACAGAAAACGCUUGAAAUUGUGUAUCCGAAUUUACUAAGAUACCCGGUGAUGCAAUAGAAAAUGAGCGAAACAAAGAAUGGGAAAACCUGGGGAAAAAAGGACGCAACAAAACAAUGAUCGUGCCGACAAGACGCCUUCUUCGGCGAACAAACAACAGUAAAAACAAUACAAAAUAAAUAACACUUAGCUGCAAUGUAGUAUCCUGGAGUAAGCAGGAGGACUGUUUGGAUACUACAAUGGCAGCAAAGUGUUUAUUUUUUUAUUUUAUAUUGUUUUUAAUGUUGCUUAUUUACUCAAGAAGGCUUCUUGCCGACACGUUUCAGGUUUUCCCUUACUUUGUUUCACUCAUUUUCUUGUACCUCACCUGAUUGCAGUCUUUCCAUCUCAGUUGCUUGUAUGAAACGCCCCCAAAAAUCGGCCUUUUAUCGCUUUGCAUCCCCCCUUCAUUUACAUCUUCCAAUACCCUUGAAAACACUUAGCGACCCUCCUGUGUAUCGCGAGUUGCGGCCCGCCGGUUGAAAACCCACAGCUCUAAAGGCAAAGGAGUUGAAAGGGGUUAUUUCAGGAAGAUAAUUGGAAAUAAAAUAACUACGGUUCCUGGCUAUCGGAGAAUAAUUAAUUUAAGAUUUUCCAUAACAAAAUCAUUUUUUGCACCGACUUCAUUAAUUUUCAUGGCAGGCUUGUCCCCCACCCCCACCCCAAUAAUACAGACCCCAGAAUCUAUUAUUCCUUCCGAAAUUGCUUUCCACCCCCCACUUUUCAGAUUGUAUGAGUUGUUCUGAUCGAUACAACAAGCUUUAAUUUCAACAACUCCCAGCUAUAUGAUAUAUUCCAACAUUAUGUUCUACCGGCUCUAAAAUUUGUUUCCGCAAAGCUAAUUUUCGCGGGGGUGGGGUGGGAUACAACAAAUACUGACGUUGACAAUGCUAUAAAAUAACUGGAAGAAAACUCCAUCUUUAUAAUCUUGAGAGAUUUAUUUGACCUCAAAGCAUCUCAAUGAUGUCAAUCCGUGGAUUUCGCUUCCUUUCAUGGAGCAUAAAAAUGUCAACUUCCCAAAAUGCUGUACACAGAGAAUAGCCCAAAUACCCCAGAAAGGGAGUAUAUGGGUUCCUAACCCAUAGGCCGUGACCUCAUUUGGGGUCGCGAAGGGUUCUCCCUGGGGGUCGCCAGCUUAAACAGUAAACUAUAUACAUAUAUAGUGGGAUCCCGAUUGGUACCGAUCCCGUUAGGAUACCGUUCUCUGUUCCCCAUAGGGACCCUCUUUUCCGAUGUUAUCCCAUUUCCCGAUAGGAUCCCCAUCCCAGUUUAAUCCCGUUACCCGAUGGGAUGGCGUAUCCGUUGGGUUCCAGUUCACUGUUGAAUCUCGUUCCUCAUUAGGAUCCUGUUCUUCUAAGGAAUCAUGCUCAGUGCGAUUUUUUUCGAAUAAAUAUUUAGAUCCCAUUAAAUAUCCCCGUAGAACAGCGGUUCUCAACAUGUGGGUCGCGACAAAUUUGGGGGUCGAACGAUCCUUACACACGGGUCGCCUAAGACCAUCGGAAAACACAUAUUUAUUAAGUAGCAACGAAAAUAAUUUGAUGUUUGAGAGGGGGAGGGGUCACCCCAACAUGAGAAAUUGCAAUGAAGGGUCGCGGCAUUGGUAAGGUUCAGAGCCACUGCCGUAGAACAAUAUAGAACCUUCUUGAACAUUCUAGAUUUAAUUUAAUAUCCUCCAUGAAACGUGUAAAAAGAAUUACUUUUCUACGUAAUUAUUUCUCGAAUGCGAAAUAUUAUACAACUAGAUUGUACUACAAUAACUAUAAUACAUUUAAAUUGAAUUAGGGGCCCGGGUGGAGGCCCAUUUAAUAAAAUGCCGUUUUAUUUAUGUCUGAGAUUUGGGGGGGGGGGGGGGGGUUUAAAAAUCAUUCAGAUAAAUUAAGGAGUUAGAAUUUAAAAUUUGUCCCAUUAAAAUCGGUUUAAAAAUGCCUUUUUUAAAAUUAAAGUAUCGAACUUUCUAGGCCUAGAUCCAUCUAUUCUCACAGAACCUAUAGCAUUGCCUAAGCCUAUUGAUAUUUAUAGCUAUAAUAUAAGGAAAACUGAAAUGGGGCCCCCCGAGUAAUAGAUAUUAUGAGUCCCAUACCCUUAGGUAUUUGAAUAUGGAUAAUCGAGUGUUUGUGUACUAAGUUUGGUCAAGAUCCAUUUAUUCCUGUAGGAGUAUUUAUUGUUACUAAUUUAAUUUAUAUAUCUCAUUUAAGAAAAAAACGAAUUUUGGGCCCAAAGCCCCAAACGGGAAUUUUUUUUUAGUUUAAAACCCCCCUGUGUUUGAUUCUGGCUAAUAAUGGAUAUAUGUGCCAUUUGGUCCAGAUCCAUCAAUCCAUGUAAAAACGUACGUUGGAACAAAUCCACCCACAAACAUACAUUCGCUUUUAUAUAUAUAUAUAUACUAGCGGAUAUACCCGGCAUUUGCCGGGAUAACAUUCGGAACGAAGGAAAUUCUACAGUCUACAGCCUCAUCAUUAUUCCGUCGGUAUCCCGCUGCCGUUAGUAUACCAGUUCCCAGUGGGAUUCUGAUCCUUCUGGAUCCCACUUCCGGUAUGAUCCCAAUCCCAUCGGUAUUCUGAUCCCGGUGGUAUGUCGAUGCCAGUGGGAUAACGAUACCGGUCUGCUCAAAUACCACACUGUCCGGUCACCUGAUAACCCUUCUUCAAAAUGAAGUAGAAUACAACAGACUGAAGUCGCAAACAAUUCAUUGAUUUCAUUUUUUGUGUUAAAAGGAAAGAAGUUUGUUAUGUUCGCUUAUUUAAUUUUAAGGUCAUACUUGGGACCCAUAACCAGUCUACUUUCAGAAACUCUAACAACGUUCUGAUAGAAUUAGUCUAUCCUUCAAGUUUACAUAUAAAGACAGUCACUAACCGAAGUAUUGUUUUGAAUACUUAUUUAAAAGACAUGCCGAGCUGUAAUACAAUAUGACUUUAUAUUUCACGGAGUGGAACGUAAAUUAAUACAGUAUUGUUAGCAACUAGGUUCACGCAAUGACCACGGUGAACAGACAGCGCAGGAGGAGUUCCCUGCACCCCAUCCAGGUACAGGCUCUCAGACGGGGGUCUCUCCACCACACGCAGUUUCCACUGCUAGACCAAGAGGAGUCUGUAAGUAAUGUUUACUUCUCUUGUAUUCCCUCAACUACUGAUACGAGAUUCCAAGUAGAUUCCCUUUUAUAACCAGAAGCUUGACAAAUAACUCUUUUUUAAUACGACAGGUAAUCAAUAAAAUAAACAACACCAUCAUAGGAUAGCAUGCAGCAUAUUGAUGAGAUAAAUACCUUAAACAUUGAGGUAAAGACCUUAAGAUGGUAAUUUGAUUAGAUAAACAACACUGUAUGAUAGUAAAUUAAUAAGAUUUACAAUCCCUUACGCCUUAUGAUAGCAAAUUGAUAAUAUAACACCUUAUUUAAGUAAAUCAAUAAACCAAACAACACCCAAAGAAGUACACAGAUUUCUAAAAAGGUAACAGUUUUUAAAGUAUGUUUUCAUUGAGCAGAAGUGCAAUAAACUUGAAACAAAUUUUUAUGGUCAAACUUUUACAUCUUUUUGAGGACUAUUUAAAGACAGGUAAAUGUUGUUGUCAUAAAAAUAAAGCAUAAAACUAGUCAUAAAAGGGGGGAUAAAGGUAUAUUCUUUCUCUUUUUUUAAAGUAAUGUGUACAGCCGAAAGCAAUAUUAAAUGUGUGGCAUGAAGUCAGUAGCAAAUCAUUUAAGUGGGUGAGGUUGUGUUGAAUGAAGUUUUUUUUUUCCUGGAAAUUUUGUAUAAAUAAAUUUAAUACUGUAAGUGUAAGCACACAUCAUACAUGCUUUGUACAAAUUUUAUUUUGACAAUAAAAUGGAAAUAUUUGUAUUCUUAGUCUCCAAGCUUAAUGCAUUAACAAAAUUUUCUUUAAGGUAUUGGUCUAAAUAGUCUUUAAGCUUAAUGCACUUUUCUUUAAGGUAUUGGUCUGGUCAAAAUGAAAGAUUUGAAUACCAAAUUUGUUUUUAAUUUGCAAGAAGGAUACGUUUGGGGUAUAGUAAGUGUAAAAAAAUGGGGUUGAUAUAAAAAUUGUUAACAUGUAUGUAUAUAGUGAGAUGCAUUUUAUUUGCAAGGUUGUGGUGUGUAAGUCCCAAAUGGUUUUUUAACAAGUAACUGAUGACCACAAGAAAUAUAACACAAAGCCCAAUGAUACAUUUCAAUAUUAAUAUUCUAUACUAUUACAAUUCUCGCACAAGUUCCUUCUAUGAUAUUAAUAAUAAUAUAUAGGCUACUGAGUUCAUUCAGCGAUAUGUAAAUAAAUCUGCAUGUAUGUACAAGGAAUAAAUCAUCAGUAAUUUAUGACAAUGGUUUCUUUAUUUCUUGGAAAUUUACUAGUUUUUAGUUUUUACUAGCAAAAAAAAAUAUCACUUUUCAUGAUAUUAUGCUAAGUUAUUUAUAAUUAUAAUCAUAACAUCACAUUAAUAUAGUAAGUGAAUUUGACAAAUUUAUAAUUAUCAGAAAUAAAAAUGAAGUUACUUGACUUACAUAUUACUAUUACAAUAACAAAAAAUAUUUUACUUUACCAAUUUUAUUGCUAAAAUCAAUUAUUUAAAUAUUACUUUUAAUUUUAAUUUUGAUGUAGCUGAUAGUGAUAGAUUAUGUGAUUAAAUUAUGUCAUGAUUCAUGACGAUCAUGAAUUGAAUUGAAAACUGAAAAAAAACCCUGAAACUUGCUACUUAAUAAUUUAUAAAUAAUUUAUAUACAAAUAUAGUAUUAUAGACUAUAGACUAUAGAGGCAUAGCUACUAAAUACUGAAUAUUUUACAUUUAAUAGAUUUAUUCACAAGUGACAAAUGUCACCCUGUUUUGUAAUAAUAAAUAAACUAGGCCUAAUUGAAAUUAAGAGUGAAUGUAAAUUGUAAACAAUGAUCAAUUUUAUAAAACUGGUACUGGUGUUUUUCAUGGAUAAAAAUUCAAAUAUAAAAACUACACAAAACACAUACCUCCGUGUUUUAGUGCCUGUCCUGAUUCAAGGGGUAUCACAAGCAGAGGAAAAAUUCCACUUAAUCCUACUAAAAUCGCAGCAAGAAUAGAGAAAAUCCAAAUCUCAUAAGUAUUUCUCGAGGUAUCAACAAUUUCAUGAAUAGUGCCCCCACCUGCAUCGUCUUGUUGUAAUAUUCCCUGUUCAAGCAUCUUUGCCACGUCCGUAUCGGCUUCCAAAUCACUGAAACUGAGUGACGAUGCAGAGGCCCGCUUAACGUUCUUAAGUGGGUUUGAUUUGGCCCUGUGAAUUUCUCCAUUCGUCAGGUGUAGAUGGAUGAAAAUUAUGAUAACAAUUGUUUGGUGUAACAGCUGAUGGAGAUAACCGUUUUUCAUUAUCAUUUGUACGGACGACCAGAUUGACCUGACACCAUUCACCUUUGACCUGUAACCUAUUUAAUCAUGAAUUUUUAGUUUCGUAUAAUUUUAGCCUAUGCUAUUAUACAUUAUUUAAUUGUCAUCGUAAGGUUAAGUACAUUGUUACCUUUGAGUUUGAAAUAAUAGUGAAAAUGAGAUCCAGGCUUAAAACAUAAAAAUUAUAUCAAAAGCAAACAUUGUUUUUUUUUAGAACUUAACUAUACCCCUUCAGUUUCCUGGAAUAUUCCAAAUCUAUCGCUUAUAUACAUGAAGACUGCAGUAACUUGCGAGAAAGCGGGGGUGCCAGGCUGCAACAGGCUGAGUAGCAGACGAACGAUCUGGCACCGGCUGACGUGCUUACACACGUGAAGCAUCCUCUGAGGGAACGUAAACAAGAUGAUGCCAGAGUAGUGAGAUAAAAAUAAUUCACCUUCUACACACCCAUAGUUGGUGUGUAUAAAGAGUGACUUCCGAUUCUGUAUAGAUUAGAUAGACUUUUUUAAAAAGGCCAGAGCGAUACAAUUUUUACUUACUAGGCCUAUAAUUGGAAAGUAUUGCCACUUACAAUCAUAUUUAAUUUAUUCCUUAAGUUAGUAAAUGGAUUAAACAAUUCAUUGAUUAGGAGAGUGGAAUAAAACGCGUUUUAAUUUAACAAUGGAUGCUGCUUUUCGAACUACCAUUUUUGACAUAGCUCAAGACGCAUCACAGGCAGCAACUGCUCACAACGAAAGUCAAGGCUAUUAUAGCAGAGCGGUUAGUUGUUUUACUAUUAAUUGACCACCACAUAUUACAUGAUAAGCGCACACUGACUCAAAGAGUAGAGCUUAUUAAUUUGACCUUGAUUGAAUGAAUCAUUGAUGCGUGAAUCUGACGUCUCGUAGGAAUUGUACAGCGGCAUGAUGUUAUUUUAUUAAUUAUUAAUUAUAGUGAUAAUGUUCAUUAUUUAUAAUUUUAAUUAGCCUAACUAUACAAAUACAAAUAAUUUACAUUUUAAGUUAUAAGCCUAUUACUAAUAAUACUAAAAUUUAAACACUGUCAUAACUAAUUUUAAACUACAUACUACUGACAGUCUACAGGACUAUAGGGCAGGGGCCUAGUAUACUAGACUAUAGCCUACUAUUUAUACUAAUACUAAUACUAAUAAUAAUAUACUAACUAAGACUAUUAUUUAUUACUAUCUAUUAAAACCAUUGACAGUGUCCUACCUAAAAUGCUUAAAAGUAAAAGUAAAGUAUACUAAAUACUUUAAUUGUAAUAAUUAAAUUUGUAAUACAUCUUAUUUAGACUAGUAUUACUAGUUUGGGUGUAUUAUAACAAUUAUAUGAGUAUGAAAGUAUGAGAUAAUAAGUGGUAGUAAAAGUGAACAAUUUCAUGACUAUACUAUUCUAUAACUAUAAUAUAGGGGCCUAUUCUGUAGUUAGUAGCUGAAGUUAAAAUAAAAGUAAGAUAGCUCCAAGAUUCAAACCAUAUUUUAAUUUUGAAUUGAGAAAAGACUUAUGUCUAAAGUCUAAAGUAAUUAUAGUUUAUUCCUAAACCUAAAUUAAAAUAAUAAGUUAAUGAAUGACUAGAAUAUGAAUAAAAUAAAGUUGGACUAAUUGUUUGCAUUUUGGGGGUACAAUAUACUAAUUAUUUAUAAUUCUAAUUACCUACUAAUUACUAAUUUUAUGUUAAGUAUGGUGAAUGAACAGACAGAACAUCAGCUUAGUUACUUUCUCUUUAUUUUCUCUUUACUGUAAUAAAUUUUUUUUCUAUUUUUGUCUAAAAAAUUUUUAUCCAAUCAAUCCAGGGGCAAAGGUGCCCCCCCCCCCCCUUGCGGGCGCCCAUGCCUACACAUGUAAAUUAUAUUUGUCAGUAUUAGUAGGCCUAUAUAGCCUACUAUGUAUAGGCCUAAUAUAUGAUACUUUCAAAAUUUUUUUUUACUUAGUUACUUUUUCUUUUUUUUCUCUUUACUUUAAUAAAUUUUUUUUCUAUUUUUGUCUAAAAAAUUUUUAUCCAAUCAAUCCAGGGGCAAAGGUGCCCCCCCCCCCCUUGCGGGCGCCCAUGCCUACACAUGUAAAUUAUAUUUGUCAGUAUUAGUAGGCCUAUAUAGCCUACUAUGUAUAGGCCUAAUAUAUGAUACUUUCAAAAUUUUUUUUUAUCAGAUCUCAAAGCAAUGCAUUUUUAACCAGUUACUCAGAUUAAUUAAUUGAUUCUUAAAUUGACUUAACUCUUAACUGGUUUUCAACAGCCCUAAUGAUGAUCACAUAUCCUCUUUAACUUUAAUUGCAGUUACUGGAUGGGAUGUUAUUUCUAAUGACUACCUCAAAAAGUCUUAAAAUAAACAGCAACUAUUAAACAUAUAUUGAAAUGUAUUUUUAAUUUCUUUAUUAUAUAGCCAUAAAUGAAUAUGUUAAGGGCUGCACAGGUUUUAAAUUGUCAUGGUAAAGUCCUUAAAGGUUUAAAGGAAGGAUGCCAGUAAAAAGAAGUAGAGUCUAUUGCUUUUUUUUCCCCAUUCCAUUGAGCGAAAAAUGAAAAUUUUCAUCUUAAUUUUUUGCAUUUAUUUGUUCUUCCCUUAAUAAAGUGUCAUGCUUAUAUGCUUAUAGAUGAAGUAUAAUAUUGAAAUAAUAAUAUUUAUGUUCCAUCUAAACAAGAUUGCAUGCUGAAACAUGAUGUUAAAAGUUAGUGAAAUAUGCUGGCCUUUCAUGGUGAUUAAAAAAAUAUCUGUUUACUAUUACUCACACUUUCUAUUGCAGAGUGUGACCAUUGAUAAGGUACCAGACAAACUUCUUCUACACAUUUUUAGCUUUUUGCGACAUUCAGAGCUUGGAAAAGUGGCCAGGGUUUGUCGAAAAUGGAGAUUACUAGCCUAUGACAGUCGUUUAUGGACAAGAGUUUCACUUCGCCCAGAAUACUCUGGCCUUCAUGUGUAUUCUCCUGAGGUAUUGCAGGCUCUUAUAGGAAUUCGUUUUGGUUCAACUUUGCGAUACAUUGAAAUUCCCAGUGACCUAAUUACUGCUCCUGUUCUCCAUGAACUCUCUAACAAAUGUCCUGCUCUCAGGUACUUAUAAUUAAAUUUCAGUGCAUAUUUACCAUUAUUUCUGUAAAAUAUAUUUUAAAACACUAAAGUAGUACUUGCUUUCUUAUUGUUUUGUUAUCUUCUUAAAUGUUCUUUUAAAAAUCAUAAUUUUGGUGACUUAUUAUAUGGUUUAAAAGUGAUCAUUCAUUAAGUUUAAAUUAUAGCAGGCUGAAUGAGUCAGUGCAAAAUAUAAAACUUGAGUGUAUGCUAAGAUGACAAAAUCAUGAACUGGAAAAAACAGGACACAACCAGGAGGGUUUGGGGGAUACCCUCCAGCUUUAGAGGGGUCCGGGGGCCUCCGCCACAAACUUGUUUAUUGAAAUAUGCUCAUUUUAACUAUAAUGAGACCCAGAAAUCUUUUUAAAUUUACCUUCACUUUGGUAAUUUAAUUUAAACAGAUGCAUAUCAUAAACGAAAACAAUAAUUUUGGAUCGUCUGCGGAGUGGUGGAGGGGAACAGUGCAGCCAUCAUGCAAGCCCACAUCACUACUGGCACUGGCUGCACAGCUAGCCAAAAUAUUACUUGAAGUUAUAUUAUAAAUUAGGAAGUUUUAGUGAUUUGAAAAUGUGUUUGGUUUUAGACAUUUAGGUGUUCCGAGAGACUUUUUCAGGACACUGGGUACAAUCUUGAAAAAAGGGGAUGUUUGGUCACCCUGGUGUAUGCUGUCAUUAAAAGAUGCUAAAAAUAAAACAUGUUUAACUUUAUGUGCUUCUUAAAAUGAGUAUUUUCUGCAGUCAGUUAAACACAGCUUGUAAAUCAACUUGGUUGACUAUAAAUGCAAUAUAUAGGCCUACUCUGUAAGUAUUGACAAGAAAAAAAUUUAAGCAGGAACUGAUAUCUUGAAGCAGGGGUCGAUAAUCUUUUUUUAGAAAUUACCCCAAAAUAUAGUAGUAAACAUCUAAAUUACCUCCUUUAUUCUCAUUUUCACACAAACUGUGGUCAUUUACACUGGUUUGCUGACCUUUGCAUUACUGAAAUAAAUGUAUACUAUUUCCCCAGGUACAUGACUCUUGACUUCUCCAAUGCCAUGCAGCUGCAUGACUUCAAUGACCUGAAUGCAUUUCCUUGUAACUUGAGAAGUUUAUGCAUCUGUUUGUCUGAAGUUAUCUUCCUGGAAGGAUUUAUGCGAAGAAUUUACAGCUGCCUGUCAUCGUUAGAAGUUCUCCAUUUAAUAGGUAUUCUAGUCAUAUUUGAAAUGCCAAUUACCUUCCCCUGAUUAUACAACUUUUGUUAAAGGUUGUAGAUAAAUUAAACUUAAAAUAUACAAUCAAGAAUUUUAGUAAGUUGUCAAAAACUGGCUAAAAUAUUUACCCCUCUAAUUCUCUUGGUCUGGGAAAAAACAUAAAGACUUUGUAAUUAUUUCUUCUCAGAUUUUUUUUUCAUUACCACUAGCCAAUAUACUCUGCUCAUGUUUGUCUUCAGUAAAAAACUUCUAAAGUGUUACCACUGUACAUGUAAAUAUAGGGCUCUGUCAAAAACACUUUGUUCAAGUUCCAAUUAAAAUUAAAAAAAUUACCCCAAUAAAAAGCCAGAUUUUUAAUAACUCUUGUAAACAUUGAAUUUGGGGCCCACUCUUUUUCUGUUAAUAUUCAAGCUGGCCACAGCCAAAAACCUUGAUAAAUACAACUUUUCAUAGAUGUCUUAAUUAAAAAAGGUAUUCACCUUUGCCAAAGCUAUAAAUGUUUAUAAUAUGAAACGAGUUUUAUAUCAGUUAUCAGCUUUUACAUUUUGAUAUCAACUGAUCCACAUUAAAAGUCAGAUUGACAUAUUUUAUAAGAUCUAAAGCAGCAAAGUGUCAAAACUUAUUGCUGAUUUUUGUUUAUGCAUAUGUGUCCAUCCAAAAAGUAUGUCAGGCUCUGGGACCAGGGGAGGGGGUCCUAGAAAGUGUGAAAAUUUGUGACAGAUGGAAAGGGGUAAAAUUGUGAAAAUAAUUUUAAAAUCUUUUUCUUCUUCAGCUAUUUUACCCCACUCUUCUACCAGCUAUUUUGAAGAGCUCUUUUACAGCUAUGCGUCUCCCUCUUUUAUUAGCUAUGUUGGUGGUACUUGCAUUUCUAUUGCCUGGUCAUUAAAAUGGAUUAAAGGACAAUAAUAAAUACAUUUCUUUAAACACUUAGCAGCCCUUAACCCCCCCUCCCCUUUUUAAAUUCGCCUGAGCUCGGAGCGUAGAUGGACCUGCAAAAAUUUGUAAAUAUAUUCUAGUUUUAAUAUCGCAGUAGAAUAUUAAAGACACAUAAUAAUAUUUAAUUCAGAUACAAAUCAUGCAACAUUAGUACAUCAGCUUUCACGGUUAAAUCCAGAGUUUAAUAUCAGGGGCUAUUUUGUCAGCUGCCCUUUUGUCUGGGGCCUUUUUGUCAAGGCCCUUUUGUCAAGGGCCUAAAUAAUCGAGCCGGUUUUGUUGGAGGCACUUUUGACAGGGCCCAUGUGUCAGGGGCAGUUUACUUGAUCAAAACCAGUAUCCUUCACCUUAUCGCUUUCAAUUGAUAGUAGAGGCAGACCAGAAAGCUGUGGCUGUCCCAUGGUGGAUAGUAGAUAGUUCUUAAUAAACCGUAGUUUUGAAAAGCUCCACUCGCAUGACACCACAGACACACAGAUCGUAAGAAGCAAUUGAAGGCUUAGCGAGAGUAUUGGAAGAGAUUCAGGAAGUCCCAUUCAGCUAUGAAUUUUAAAACAUCAAAUACUGACUAUUCCAUGAUAAUAUGAGUAAAACAGAGUAGGGUUAAACCUGAAAAAAUAAACGCAACAAAACAGCGAACGUGUCGGCAGAAAGCCUUCGUCAGCGAACAAAACAACAGAAAAAACGUUAUAAAAAUAAGAAAUAGCACUUAGCUGGUAAGUAGUAUCUGUGGGCAGCAAUAGAAGUGUGGCAGAAACGCUGUCAGAUGACAUACAUAGGGGAGACUGGACGCCGUCUCUCGGACAGGUGUACCGAACACCUCCGAAACAUUACACAAGAUAAACAGUGUCCCGUCUCCAAACACUUCAAUAGUAGCGACCACCAGGGCAAGGCGGACUUUUCAAUAAGUGCGAUUGUGGCUAGCACUAACACCGCCAGCCGGGUCAAUUUGGAACACAGACUUAUCCUGACUUACGGCACUUUGACGCCAGAUGGGAUUAAUGUUAUGUCUCUGUUCACAGCUUGACCCUAGCUCCGCCCCUCCACGUUCUGACCUAUCACAGUGAACAUUUUUCUCCCCCCUUUUUUUCGCCGCUGCUUAUUUAAACUCUCACUCAUUUUCCUUCUGCCACACUUCUAUUGCUGCCCACAGAUACUACUUAUCAGCUAAGUGCUAUUUCUUAUUUUUAUAACGUUUUUUCUGUUGUUUUGUUCGCUGACGAAGGCUUUCUGCCGACACGUUCGCUGUUUUAUUGCGUUUAUUUUUUCAGGUUUAACCCUACUCUGUUUUACUCAUUUUAUUUUGUACUAACCUGAUUGCAGUUUCUCCCCUUAUUAACCCCUGACUAUUCCAUGACUUUGUAAUAACAGUUGCCUUUAGGUGUCUUCUAAGCCUUGGUAUUUAUUUUAAAAGUUCAUCUUCUGAUAACUCAUCACAGAAAGAUGUUAAUUUUGGUACGGACCCCAAUAAGCCUUCACUACCUGAAAAUAGACUUUUGGUUUGAGCAACCUCAAACAUAUCUGCUACUUCCUUUAUCGCUGAUGAUCUGAUCUGGAGUUCAGAACCAAAGCGAUCAAUACAUUCCAGCAUCUCCCAACUGUUUUCUUUUGCGGAGAGUGUCAGCAUCUAUCAGUUGUUCUCUUGCCAUUCUCUUCUUAAACCUCAAUCUUCUCUAUGCCAAAAUUUCAUGUUGGUCUGGUCUUUUUAAUAGCAUGUUCCACUAAGUCACAGCGCUUCUUAGGCAAUAACGAUCUUAAGGCCUCAAGGUGCAGAUACUGCUGUGUAAGAUUAAAUUCCUAUAGUAGAUCAACCCAAAAGUAAAGGUAGCAGAUACACGUGAAAUCACAUAGCAUGUAAAAGACCUUGUGCUAUAUGACAAUUGUGCUCAAAUGUUAAGGGGCGGUGCUAAAGACAAAUCAGCGAAAAUAUUUAUUUAUGAGUAUUUCUGGGUUUGGAUAUAUUUGGUUUCAAAAACCUUUUUUUUUUAAAUUUAAUUAAUUUAAAUUUAUUAUUAAAAAAAUGUUAGAAAAUUGUGUAAAAUACUAUUUUGUUAACCUUAAAAAUUGGUAAAAGUAAUUUUUUAAUGUUUUUAAUUUAUUACCAAUUCGAUUCAUGUACUUUGAAUGGCCCGACCACAUCAUAUUUGGUAAUGGAAAGCUUUAUUUCUCAGAAUUUACCGUAUUUUCCGGCGUUUAAGACGACUUUCUAGACCCAAAUUAAAGUGCAAAACUUGGGGGUCAUCUUAUACGCCGGGUACAAUGGCCGAAAUAUAGUUUUAAUGCCUGCAGAAUACUCCAUACCUUGUACAAGAGGUAGCCAGAUCGGUGCCAGGCCCGCUGGGUGGUCGGUAGUGGGUAUGGAGGCGAAUCCCGAAGCCGCCAUCUCCGCGUGCGCGUCAAGGUUUAAAUAAAAUCUGUUAAGUUAGAUGUGUUUUGGUGAUUUUAAUUACCAGAAAGUCAACAGUUUUGUUUAAAUCAAAUCUGAUGUUUUUUUUUUAUGUUUCUGAUUUUUAAAUCAGAAACAUAAAAAAAACAAAAACAUCAGAUUUUAAUUAAAAAAAAAGGAAACUCAAUGAUGGACUGAAAUUUUUCCCUUUGAAUCAUCCACGCUUUCAAUGACGUUUUACUAAAUGCUGAUUUGGGGCUAAAUCACAAAAUUGCUAUUCACACUUUCCUACACACAUCUACUAUAUAAAGCUGGUAAAAAAAAUUAAUAAAAGUACUCAUAGUAUAGUAAAUCCCUAUGUAGGUAAAGCACCCUUCAUGAACUAUGUGAUAAUUCUAAUCUAAUAUUCAGCCCUCCUUAUACCGCACAAUGAACUGUAGUUUCUUAAAAUGGUGCAAUGUGUAUUUUCAUAUAAUUUAAGAAUAUGAUUGGAUUAAACAGCUAAUAUUUUGUUGAAAAAAUUAUUUCAAAUAUUUUUUGAAAGCACACUAUUCUGCAAACAUAGAUAAAGCUUCAUUUAAAAUCCUUGCACCAAAUAUAAGUUCACCAAAAACUUGCCUUAAAUAGAUGUUUGAAAGCGCACCAUUCUGAAUAAAUCCAUUCCUGUGGCCUAAAGCCCAUGUAGGGCUUUGCUCACCACUUCCUUCACUCAGAAUGAUGCUUUUCUUUUCCAUGCUAGGAUUCCCAGCUGCUGUACAUCUUUUUUCACAUCAUCCAUCCAUAAAAGCCCAAGACUCCUUUUGAUCCAUUUUCUUCUGGAGUUUUGUUGGUGCAUCCUUUUCACUCUUCUGUCAUUUGGCAUUCUUUCUAAGUGUCCUGCCCAGCGUAGCCUGCCCUUUUUUAUUCCUGCUACUAGAAUGGGAUAUAGUCUAUAAAAUUCCUGGUUGGUUUGUAUUCUCCAUCCAUAAUCAUCUUUUGUUGGUCUAUAUAUUUGCCUGAGAACUUUUCUCUCCCAUGUGUUAAAUGGGUUUUCUGCCGUUUUUGUUAGGGUCCAAGUUUCACAACAUGUUACUUCUGGUCUCAUUACAGUUUUAUAUAUAAUUUUCUUUGUCUUCCUUGUUUUAAAAAAAAAAAUCUUUUGGUUAUUUUGUGACUACUGAAGUAGAUAUUCUUUCUUUUAUUUCUGUUUGUAAUUAAUUUCUUCCACUUAUUAAGGAACCUAUGUAUUUGAAUUGAUUUACUUUUUCAAAAGUCUGGUUUCUAAUUUUAAUUGUUUUAUUUGUCUGUUCUUCUCUUAAGAUAGUCUUGUAUUUUGUUUUUUGGUUGUUAGCUACCAGCCCUGCUUGUACCGGUAGUGAUGCAUAUUCUAACUCAAUAAAGGGUUUUGAUAUGUCUUUACUACUUUCCCCUAACAGUGCUUUUUUAUCAGAAUAUGCAAGAUACUGAAGGGGUUGGUUGUAGAGGAGUCAAUUGUUUGUGGGUCUUGGGGUUUCCCUCAGAGAAUAUCAUGUUAUUGUUCCGCAGGUGUCAAUAUGCAUACUUCUUAUAACUCUGUCUAAUGUUUGGUUAAAUAGCAUACAAGCCAGUGAGUUGGCUUGUCUUAGGCCUUGUUUGAUCUAAAAUUCCUUUGAAUAUUCUCCCUGAACCUGUAUUUUGCUUUGUGAGCUGUUUAAUUUUAUAUGUAUCAAUCUUGUCACUUUGUUGCUUAUGCCAAACUCCUGCAGAGUUUCAUAUAGAUAAUUUCUUUUGAUGCUGACAUGGGCCAUUUUAUAGUCAACAUAAAGUCGAUGUACAGGGACAUCAUUUUUGUAACAUUUCUCUAAUAGGCAACUGAUGUUGAAAAUCAGAUCAGUUGUUGAUCUGUUUUUUCUGAAUUUGCUAAGUAGUCACCUAGUAUUUGUUCAGUGUACGGUUGUAGUCUUUUGGCAGUUAGUUUUGUCAGUAUUUUCUAUGUAAAAUUUAAUAGGAAAAUUUUUCUGUACUUUGUGCAUUGAAGAUUGAAACCUUCCUUGUGUAUAGGGGUCAUUAGUGCUGUUUUCCAUUUAAAAAAAAAAAUUUCUCUUCUCUUAUAAAUUUAUUUGUCUGAGUGUGUAGUUCUGAUCCGCCAUAUUUAAUGUUCUGCCGUUCUGAAUAAAGGCCUAAAAUGCUUACACCAAAAAUAACAUAGCUUUAAUGUCCCUCAAGCCAUGUGAAAAUAAUAUUAUUUUACUUUUUACCCUCUACAUUUUACAAACAAUUUUUAAAUAUAGCUUUUGGGAUAAGAAGGAAUGGCCAUGUCAAAUUGUUAGCGAUCCAUUGUUUGGUUUUCUUGUGAUUGAAUAACCCAUUUACUACAAACAAACAAACAUAGUCACACAUUUAGCUUUAAAUAAUAGAUAUAAAAAGAGUGGCACACAUUUUUUUAGCAUACAUUAUUUCCAAAUAUUUUAAAAUUAAUUUCAUAAAUGUAAGAAUCUUAUCCUUUCAGUUUUAUUAUCCUAAGCAAAUUGUUUCAGUUCAGUUUUUAUAUCACAAUUAUUAUUUUUCUUACUAAAUCUGAAUCCUUUAUAAGAGUGAUGCAUAAAAAAAAUCUCAUCCUUCAGGAACAUUUGAACUGUCGUCAGAAUCAGAGGAGGACAUUUAUGAAGUGAUUAAUAUAAGCAAGAUCAAAGCCCACACCCCUAACCUCAAAGUGGUCAACCUCUAUGGGAUCACAUUUCUGGAUGACACCCACAUUGAGCUCUUGGCCUCCAACUGUAUCCACAUCGAGUGUCUGGCCUUGAACUUUUGUCUGCGGGUCAAAGGCAGCUCCUUCAAGAACCUGAUUCAGCGCUGCAAGAAACUGAAGUCCCUGUUGCUGCAUCAUGCAGGUAUGUUUUAAGGGUGAAAUAGAAAAGAUUAUAUGUUUUGGACGAUAAAGAAAUUUAAAUAACACAUCAUUUUUUAUAUCUGAUCCACUAAACUGCUGAAUAAAAGAGACUUGUGGGUCUAUGUCAGGGCUGAGAAGUUGGCAGAGAGAAAUAUGUUAUUUAGGAAAGUUAACUUGGGGAACAAGGAAAACAGGGAUUAUAUAUCACUAAAAAUGACAAAACAAAAGGAUAUUUUAGGGCGAUUAACAUACAAAAUUAGAUGAAAUAAUAAUUGGAAUGAUCUGUAAUAACAUAAUUUCCUUGGAAGUUGGUCCUCACCAACACAGCCUGAAUUUAUUAAAAAAAUUAUCUGGUGUGUGAUAGAAAUUUGUUAACUCAAGUGCAUUGUAGGUUUUUUAAAAAAAGGUUGGAAACCACAGCAUAUAUAUAAGAAUGAGCUAGAGUUACAUAACCCCUAAAGGGAGAUAUGAUUUAAGUACGUUCGGAUUCCUAAAAACAAUCAUAGUUAUUUUCUAUUAAUUUACAGAAAUCAAAUAAAUUUAAAUGUGCAAAAAAUAUUUUAAAUCCGCCUUUAUUUUCGUAAACGUUUAAAUAUUAUUAUUAUAAAUUACAAAUGCAUUUAAAAUAUCAAGUUAGGAAUUAUUUUAAGCAUUUUAUAUGUGUUUAAAAGUUAUGAAAAAAUAAAAAAAAUGUAAAAAUCAUGAUCUAAGAAUUACACGUAAUCACAUUUAUGAGGAAAACCCAAACAUCAGUCGUUUUUAGUGCGUUUUUAAUAUUGCGGGAAUAAAGUUUUUAAUUAAUUUGUUCUAAAUAAUCUUGCAAAGGACAUCAUAGCGCCAAUGGCUUAUUUCUCCAAAACUCUUAGGUUUCUUUAAAUUUAAUAACCGAGCGUGACAAAACUGAUUAUGUAUUUUCCCUUAAUUUAAAAAGCAAUCAAUUGUAAUUAUUAAUUUUACUUUUAAGGUUAAUAAAACACACACACAUUUCUGCUGCGUAUAUUAACAUUAAACAGUUUUACCUUUUUGUAUUCCAAAAAUAUGCAUUUAUAAAAAUUAUAACGUAAUAAAAACUAACCUUUAAAUAUAAUUCUAAUAAGAAAAUGCGGUUUAAGUCAAACAGUGCAGCGCAGCGCCAUAGCCAAAUGGCAUUAACUAAUCCACUUAUAACUAAAACAAAAAAGAACGAACCGUAUGAAGUGCAAAUUAUUUUAGUUUGGGUAUGGAAGGGACUACAUUAACUAAAAAAUUCUGUCCCUGGCGUACAGCUGCAUAGAUGGCUCAGCAAUGGAAUAUCUCAAGGAACUUAUUUAUAAACAUGUACCUCUGAACUGCGGUCUUCUGAGUGUUCCUAGAAUGGAUGAACACAGAAAAAAGUCUUACGGAGUGCGCUCUUUUGAAGUGAUAGUGCCAAAAUUAUGGAACAGUUUGCCACAAUCUUUGAAGGGAAUUGUAAAUGUUUAAAAAUCAUUAAGAAACAAUUAAAAACUUUUUUGUUUCAAUAGAUUUCGGAGGACCAGAGCGCAGUGAGCAUGCUAAAGUGGCCUGAAUACCAGCGCAAUAUAAAUAUCAAAUCAAAUCAAAUUAGAAGAUUUUUCUAAAUUUAUUUAAAUCUGGGUGGGGGAGGGGUGGUUACUUUGCCUAAGGCAGCACAAGAUACGUCUCAAAAUAAAGAAAUGAAUUUGAUAAAUAAUUAACCUUCUUGGGAACAUACAUUUCGGAGGUAGGAAAUAGGAUGUGUACAUUUUCACGUGGAUGAUAAUAUAUUUAAAUCCUAUGGUAUUACAUUUGGUAAAAAAGAGAUGUUACAUUCUCUUUUUACAAAUAUGUGUAUGUUCAUUUUGCUCAAGGCAGAACAAGAUACGUCUCAUAAUAAAGGAAUGAUUUUGAUAAGUAAUUAAUUUUCUUGGGUCAAUACAUGUCGGAGGUAGGAAAUAAGAUGUUUAACUUUAGUUUUAAUAAUGAUCCCAUAUUUAUUUCUUUGUCUCACUUGGGUGAAUGUUUUAAAGAAUAUGUUCAAGAUAUGGGGCAUGGUUGACUUUGUUUGAUUGAUUAAGUGCUGGCCAGAUCAGGCCUGUGUGGCCAUCUCGUGGGUAUCUAAGUAGUAGUGGCUGAUAUAGAACCCAAUAUUGAAUAUUGACCAUACAUUUAGCAAUAAGCAGCCCAAACUUCUUAAAGGAAAAAAAGUGGGUGGGGGGGAAGAGAGAGAGACAAAGAGAGAGAGAAACAAUACGCUAUUUAAAAUGAUAAACAAUUUUAAUCAACACAAAUUCCCUUUGAAGCCAUACUAAUUUGUGUAGAUUAAUAUUGUUUAUCAUUUUAAAUAGUUUAUUGUUUCUCUCUCUGUCUCUCUCCCCCCCCCCCCCCCCCCCACACUUCCCUUUAAAAUUUAAAAAUAAUAAUAAUAAUAAAUGUGCAUAGGAAUUUUCUAAAUAACACUAUUGCACGGCUCCCCACAGUGUCUGAAAAAAGUUUGAGGAUCCCUGAUCUAGGGGAUGCCUGAGAAUUAGAGCCAUUGGUGAGAUUCUAGUGGUUCACACUUCUAGAGUAGAGACGUUGUAAACUGUUGGUUAAACCCUUGGAAUGCCAGCCCCUUACUCCCACAACUUAUUGGAACAUUCAGAGGUUAUAAAGUUUUAAUUGGUUUGAAUGAUUCUGUCAUUCUACAACUUAUUGAUACAUUCAGGGAUUAUAAAGUUUUAAAUGGUUUGAAUGCCACUCUAAUGCUACAACUUAUUGGAACAUUCAGAGAUUUAACUAUCUAUGCUUUUUGAAUUCACUCCUAUCUGUAUCUAAACAGAGACUUAUUGAAAAAUAAAAUCAUUGACAUGUGUUGACAAUGAGUAGGAUCUUUUUCCAGAAGCGCCUUGAUUUUUGUAGUAGAUUAAUACAUUUAGAUUUUUGUACAUGAAAAAAGUAGACAUCCCCUAAAAAAAAAUCUCGAAUAGGUUUUUUGGGUGCAAAAAUGUAUAUAAGACCAGGUAUUAUUUUAUGAGUAGCUCUAUAAGCCUCGAUAAAAUAGCUCAGGGAUGGGCAAACUUUUUGUGAAGUGGCCCACAUUGACAAAGAUAAAGCUAUUGGAAGGCCGCACGUAUAUUUUGUCCAAUUUUUAAAUGUCAAUAAACAUUUCUCUAUAUUAAAAUCAUUACAUGACAAAAGUCAAGGACUGUUUAAAAAAAUAGAAAAUUAGAAAGAAUUUGAUCAAAAGUGUUAAAACAAUCACAAAGGUACAUGAAAUUUAACAGAGUAACUUAAAAACAAAGUAAUGUUUUAUUUCUAAACGCCUUCGAGGGCCGCAUAAUAUCAGUUGCCGGGCCGCAUUUUGCCCACCCCUGCAAUAGCUUAUUAAAUCAUUUUGUGGACCGAAAGGGGAAGCUUUGACUGGAGAGAGAAUCCCCCAAUUUAGAAUGUCCUUGCUGUAAUUAAUGAGGAAAUGCCAAGGUUUACCGUAUGAAACUGUUCAAUCCGCCUCAUGUCCAAACAGACCUGUCUCCUUGUCUGGGAAUCGAUUAGUGAUUAGACGCAGAGUCUGGUCACUCCAACAAUUUUGUUUUAUUUAUAGCAACGGUACAAAAGGACAUCAUUAUUUUGAGCGGAGCAUGAAGCUAUAUGAUGGAUGGUUCAAUGCCCGGACUGCUCGUGUCCCACAAAACAAAAGCUCCACGACUCAGAACUUUUCCUCAGCAAUCAAGCCAGCGUUUAGCUUCAAAUAUUGAUGGAUGUAUCAUAGGAAGAUAGCACGUUUGUUAACAUGCAUUUUUAGCCUGGAUUGUGUCAACAUGUAGGCUCACUGCGGAAGAGAAUUUUUAAUAUAUAUCUGUAAAAGUCGUCCCCCCCCCCUUUGUGUGUUUGUUUUUGUUUUGUUUACAAGAUCUUCUAUUGUGCAAUGUGCAUAGUGUGACGUACUUGGAUUUAAAGUGUAACGUACUUAAUCACACAGAGGCGUGAUACCAAUGUCAACCGUUAACUUAACACCUACCUUGACAAUGUCUUUCAAAUGAACAUCAAAUUAUUGGACAAAACAUGCUUUCAAGUGACGGAUUUUAUAAGAAUCCCAAUAAGCGCUAACAUCUGGGAAUUUCAUUUUGCGCGCCUUUUGAUCUCAGCUUGACAGCCCUACGUACAGACCUACAUAAUUGUUAUUUAAGAUGUUUCAUGACUAAAAUAUGAUCUGACCUGUGCAUCACACCAAUACAAAGUAAAAGCUUAUUUGACGUCUAAGGUCAUCUCACCAAGUCAAUUAUUUACGAAUGCCGUUAUUUAUCAUUGUAUAGCUUUUGAGUCUAGUUUAAACCUCACAUGCGAAAUAACCCCUUCCCCCACUUUUUUUUCCCGACGCCUCCACCCUUUUCUACACCCAGCUAGCACGCGGGGAAAAGUUAAUGCAAUAUAAUACCUGUGUAUACCACAGUCAAAAGGUCAUGAGUGGGAAAAAAUAGUUUCCUCUUAGCACUGGAUAAAUUUGCUUGAACCCGAUGCGCACUAACACAACGAAUACCAUCUGUACGCCAAGGCUGAUAAUAGCUCACUGGGACGUUGCAUUCGACAAAAUACUAUAGAGCAAGCUCAGUCGAACCCACCCAUCUUCGACCUUUCUCGUCUUCGUUUGUCCCCGCCACUGACUCAAAGCAGCGAUCAGUAGCUUCAGUUUGGCGUUACACCAUUCAGAGAUAUGUGGAACUACCUAUAGCCGGCCAAAACAAUGGCGGUCGAAAUGCGUGAACUUCCACUAAUAUUACUUGACGCACUUUAUAAGAUUACAUAUUAGUGCCAACGCACCCCCACCCCCGUACGCCACUGCUCCUGAACUAUAUUACUAUUCUAAUGCCCCACCCCUUUUAUAAAUCCUUUAUACUAACUUCUCUUUUGCUCGUGUGUUUCUGUGUUUUAGGCAAACAUCUUCGUACAGCUUAUUGACCCACGUCCCGUCAUCCUAUCGAACAUGGCCCAUAGACUUGUUUCCAAUGACAACACAUGCUUACAAAAUUUCAGCCCCACUCCAACCCCCAAAAUCUGUUUUUCCUGUUUUUCAAGAGGAAGAUGAAUGAAAUAUGAUUUAUUCAAUGGUUGCGUGUUUGGGUGUUGAGAUUAAUUGUGUAGCUGUUGCUAUGUGCUUUGUAUUAGUGGUGUAUUGGGGGCGCAGUAAAAGCAACAUUUAUUUUAGAAGGGGAAAAUGAGGGAAAUAGGAAAUGUGUUUUUGCCAUCUGGUAGUGUUAGGGGCAUUGAUGCAUAGAGAGUUAUAUGAUUUGAUUAAUUAUGGUUAAUUUGACCUACUGUUGAUUUUCUUGCAUUGUGGGCCGGGCGAGGUGGAGCAAAAUGACCAGUUUGGGGUAUUGUUCAGUUGAGAUUUAUUCCCAAUGUCUGAAUGUCCCCAAAACUUCUGUUGACGCGGCUUGUGUGGAUUUAAUAAAUACUUGGUGUAACAGGUGUCUUGAGGUUAACAAUUGGAUCAGAGCCUAUUAAAUGGAAAUAAUGGUGUACGAUAGACAAUUGUUCAUUUAUCAAAGCUGUAUUCGUUAUUUAUAUAUACACGUAAUCAGGGCCUGAUUGAAAUAUACACGUCAUCAGGGCCUGAUUGAAAUAUACACGUAAUCAGGGCCAGAUUGAAAUAUACACGUAAUCAGGGCCAGAUUUAAAUAUACACGUAAUCAGGGCCAAAUUUAAAUAUACACGUAAUCAGGGCCAGAUUUAAAUAUACACGUAAUCAGGGCCUGAUUGAAAAUGACCCCACCAAACCCCCCCCCCCCCACCUAACCCCUUUUGAGAAAAAUUUGUCGGUCAGGGCUUCAAUGAACCAAUAAAACAUGGACUGAUGGGCGCAGGGACAAAACUGCCAACACAAAAGGUUUGAAAUAUAGUAUUCAUCGAGCCUAUUAGUAUCACUUAACAGGUCUAUAGCUUUUGGGUAAGACUAGACGCUAAACUUACAAUGUAGUGUACAGACGCAGUUUGAUAUCUUGAUGAUAAUUCACUGUUGCUGUUCUGCUAUGCUAUAGCUUCAAAAAUAUAAAUAUAAAAAUAAUUUGCAACUGAAAGGAGAUAAGUUCAACUAAAAUUAAUUCCAGAAGUUGUGAGAAUGAAAAAAGACAGAAUGGGCACCACAAAAAAAAAAAAAAGGUGUGGGGGCGGGGUGGGGUUAAAGAAAAUUCCAGUGGACAUGAAAGAAAUGGUUGUAUUAGACCAGAGUCAAUUGAUUCUUUUUAAAAAAAUAUAAAAAUAAAAAUAAUUUGCAAAUGAAAGGAGAUAAGUUCAACUAAAAUAAAUUCCAGAAGUUGUGAAAAAAAAAAAAGACAGAAUGGGCACCACAAAAAAAAAAAAAAGGUGUGGGGGCGGGGUGGGGUUAAAGAAAAUUCCUGUGGACAUGAAAGAAAUGGUUGUAUUAGACCAGAGUCAAUUGAUUCUUUUUGUAAUUCUUUCGUUACCCGGUACCGUAUUAAUUUCAUAAUCACGACACCGCGAAUGUGAAUUGCGAGCAAACUGUAUAUUCCUGCGUCAUUACAACAAUACAAUUGAUCAAUGUCACAUUUACUCAAAUUUAUUUAAGUCAUAUAAGCGUUAACUAAAACUAAAACGCUAUCAUACAAAUCGUGUAACUUGUGUUUAUUUGUCAACAAGUGUACACAUCUUCCCUUGCGAUUGCUAUGUUAAAUUCAUGUAAGAUAACCCUUACAUUGGCAUUGGCAUUCAGUAAGUCAUUGCUUUCAUCAGGUAUGUUGCACUUAACUCCCUUUGGCAUCCCUGGUAAUUUCAGUUCAUUUUACUCUAACACACUGCAGUCUUUUCGACCAGGCUUAAUUUCUUAUGCGGUAAAACAAAGAGACAUUUGAAAUGGAAAAAAGUUUCCUUUUUUAAAAAAAAUUAUUUAUAAAUGUUGAACAUCUUUUUAUCUUAAUUUGUGACUUUACGUUGCUCUUUAAAAGUUUGCUGGAAUUCGGGUUACAUUUAAUACGGUAACCUGGGACUCUGCGGUGUUUGGGAGGGUAUCCGGGGGUUAUUGGGAACCCGCCCCCCCCCUUUUUGUUUUUGUUUCCAAGGCAAAACGUUUGGUGAAAAUUGUCUGAAAGACACGCUUUCCCCAAGGGCAAAGAACAACUUCACUAGUGUACAAAAGCAAACAAAAAGCAAAAAAAAAAAACAAGGCCAAACGAAUAAUGUUAUCAAAUAACAAACGUAUAAGAUCUUUAACUUAGUUAUUAUGAUUUUGAAAUAGCAGCCAUAUAGAAGAAAAAUUGGUUGGUCCUGAUUGAGACAUCGCAACCCUGACCGGCUGGAGCCGUGAGUCUAUUUUCCAUUGCUCCCAAAUUGGCUGUUAUUUCCAUUUCUUUUAAUUUGAUUUGUAGCUCUUUCUGUGCUUCCAACUCCAGCUGUUUAAGCUCUCGUUCUUUUUCUCUCUGGGCAUCUAGUUCCAUCUGUUUGAGCUUUAGUUGGAGCUCCAUACUUGGAUCAUUCGGUUGUGUGACUGAGGCCAGUUCGUCCUCCGACAACAACUCUUCGUCCACUAAGUGGAUUAUGAUCAUAUCUCGUAUGGUCUUUUUUACAGCUGAAUGAGCUACAUUUAUUCCUAGAGCUUUAGCAAUGGAAAAUAGCUCCUUUCUAGAACAUUUGUCUAAUUCCUCAACUGAUGGGUUUUCAACAUCAAAAUCCAUUUUUACACAGGCAAAAUACAACACUGAUUUUUAUAAAAAUUUAAACUUAGUGCACACACUAAUCUAAAUGAAUUUAAAAAAAAAAAAUUGUAACCAGCUCUGUUGUUGGUAUCGUAAAAUGGUAUCGUGUAAUCAAAUUUAGCUGAGUAUAUUAAAGUAAACAGUGGGUCAAAAUCCACAGAAAAACACUCAAUUUAUUAUUGGUGUAAUAAAAAUUAUGGAUUAAAAUUAUCCUCGGAAAAGCCACAAUUUGUUAAAAUUGGAGUCUAAUAUGAGAAAUAAUAAUAGUAGUAUGAAUUUAGUAUUAUCGCGGACGAGCAGCCCAAUUUGUUACGCACUGACUUGUAUUGGGAGAAAUUAAUCUCCUAUUUUAAUUUUAAUUGGCUCGUUGUAAACAGUGCCUAACAAAGGACGAUACCAUAUAAUCAACAAUAUUAAGGAUACGACCCAAAACAGUUUCUAGUCACAAUUAAUUACGAUUUAUUAUGUCUUAAGAUAAUUACAAAAUAAAAUAAAAUUACAAUCUUCAACUUACAGUAUGGCAGAUGUCGUACCGGUACACAGUUAAUACAAUUAGAAAUAAUGAUGCCAAUAAAUAAUGCGAAAUAAACACAUAUAAGUAGGAGCACACAAAUACACAAAGAAUAAAACACGCCUCGUAAUUGUUAAGAGAAUCUAUCUCAAAAAAUCUCCCUCGUCGUGCCUGUCAAUCCCUUAUAUAUAUGUGGAGUAAGAUGCUUCGAGAAGGGCUUAUGACGUGUUGUUUACAUAUCUCGGGUUAAGGAGUAUAUUCCAGAAAUUACCCGAAAACAAUCUACCCAAUGCGUAAUUGGAAGCCGAUUGUAAACAAGCCACUUCAAAGACCUAAGCCACACCCCUUUGUGAACACAGCGUCUCAUGCGGGGUCAAUCAGAGGGCACGCACGAGAAAUAUUAUGUAAACAAGCUCUCUAUAACACCUCCCCUCUUAAAAGAAAAAAAAUUCAUUGUUCAAAAAUGGAAUUCUUUUUCCAUUAAAAUUGAAGAAAGUACAUUUCUUACUCUCAAAAUAUAAGACAAAAAGCUUCUUAAUAGCUUAUAAACAAUAACAUAAGUGAAAAUUAAUUUCUGGACAAAGUAUCUGCAAUGACAUUAUCUUUGCCUUUAAUGUGUUUGAUGUCCAAAUUAUAUUCUUGUAAAAAUAGGCUCCAUCUUAACAAUCUUUGAUUUUUGGAGACCAUCUUAUUCAAAAAUGUUAAAGGAUUGUGAUCAGUAAAAACAAGUACUGAAUGUAAAGAACAACUGACAUAAAAAUCAAAUUGUUGGAGAGCAAGAAUUAAACCUAAACAUUCCUUUUCUACAGUGGAAUAGUUUUUCUGAUGUGAGUUGAAUUUCUUUGAGAAAUAAGAGACAGGAUGAUCUACAUUGUGGUCAUCUUCUUGAAAAAGAACUGCACCAAUGCCAACAUCACUGGCAUCUACAGCUAAUUUAAACUGUUUGUUAAAGUCUGGUGCAAUGAGAACAGGAGCAUUAGCAAGUAUAUUUUUAAUGUUUUCGAAUGCUUCCUGACAAGCAUCUGACCAAUGAAAUUUUGCAUUUUUCUUUAACAUAUUACUUAAAGGAGAAGCAAUAACUGAGAAAUUUUUGCAAAAUUUUCUAUAAUAACCUGCCAUUCCCAAAAAUCUCAUUAACUGUUUUCUAGUAGUGGGUGGUGGAAGUGAUACAAUAGCAUUUAUCUUAGCUUGAACAGGCUUUACAUGACCUUGACCCACUAUGUGACCUAAAUAUUCCACAGUUGCAUGACAAAAUUCACAUUUAUUUAAAUUUACAGUUACAUUUGCCUGCAAAAAUUUUUUAAACAGAGAUCUUAAUUGGUUUACAUGAGAUGAAAAAUCUUGACUGUAAAUAAUUACAUCAUCAAUAUAGGCGCUGCAAUUUUCCUGGUCAGCAAUAAUGUUAUUUACAAGACGUUGGAAUGUAGCUGGGGCAUUUUUCAUUCCAAACGGCAUUACUUUAUAUUGAUAUAAACCAUCUGGAGUACAAAAAGCAGAGAUUUCUUUUGCUCUGUCAGAUAGAGGAACCUGCCAAUAACCUGAUAGUAAGUCUAUCUUGGUUACAUAUUUGGCAUCACCUAUUCGAUCUAUAAGAUCGUCUAUCCUUGGAAUCGGAAAGGAAUCAGUCUUUGUGAAUGCAUUCACUUUCCUGAAGUCAGUACAAAACCUGUAACUUUUGUCAGGCUUUGGGACUAAAAUACAUGGUGAACUCCAGUUACUAGAGCUUGGUUCAAUUAUAUCAUUUUCAAGCAUGUAUUUUAUUUCAGACCGGAUUAUUUCAAGUUUUUCCGGAUUGACCCUAUAGGGGUGUUGCUUGACCGGAACUGCAUUGCCAAUGUCAACAUCAUGUACAGCAAUGUUGGUUUUAUUAGGUACAUCAGGGAAGAGUAAAACAAAAUCUGCAAUAACAGACUUAACAACAUCCUUCUCUGACAAUGACAAAUGUCCUAGUUUCUUAUCUAAGUUGGCCAAUACUUCUGAAUUUUUAAGUUUAUAAUUACCAACUUUUUCUGGGACACUAUCAAAGGUUUCAGUAACAUUUUCUUUAAGUACUGAAGUUACAGUUGAGAUUGUGUUAACAUUUGUUUCUGAGGAUGGACAAUGAUCAUCACAUUUUCUAUCAAAAUAUUCUUUUAACAUGUUAAUGUGACAUAACUGUUUCUUUCUUUUACGAUCUGGUGUUAACACAAUGUAAUUUAAAUCAUUGAUUUUGGACUCAACAACAUAAGGACCAAAAUAUCUAGCUUGUAGUGCUUGCCCUGGUAUCGGCAAAAGCACAAGCACUUUGUCCCCUGAAGCAAACUGUCUGAAUUUUGACUUUUUGUCAUACCAAACUUUCAUUUUAGAUUGUGAAUCUUUUAAAUGUGUUUUAGCCAAAUUAACGGCAUUAAAAAGUUUAGUUUUAAAUUUUUGGACAUAGUCAAGAAGUCCUUCCGUGGGUGUCGAUGACAUCCACGUGUCUUUUAAAAGUUUAAGGGGACCGCGAACCGUGUGGCCAAACACCAGUUCGAAGGGGCUGAAUCCAAGUGAUUCUUGAACUGCUUCUCUUGCGGCGAACAGUAGCAUGUUGAUGCCUUCAUCCCAGUCUUUCUCUUGUUCUAGGCAGUAGGUUCUCAUCAUGUUCUUCAACGUCUGAUGGAAUCGCUCAAGUGCUCCCUGUGACUCAGGAUGAUAUGCACUCGACAAGCAGUGUUCUAUGCCCAACUGGUUCAUCACUUGUUUGAAUAUUCCAGCCUUGAAGUUGGUUCCUUGGUCAGACUGUACAGACUUCGGAAGACCAAACAAUGUAAAAAACUUCGUCAAGGCUUUGACGAUGUUCGGAGUCUUGAUAUUGCGAAGAGGAAUAGCUUCUGGGAAUCUUGUUGACGCACACAUGAUUGUCAGCAAGUAUUGGUGACCUGAUUUUGUCUUUGGCAGAGGUCCAACGCAGUCUAUAAUAACGCGACUGAAAGGUUCUUCGAAUGCUGGAAUGGGUUGAAGAGGAGCUGCUGGUAUCUUCUGAUUUGGUUUCCCUACAACCUGACAAGUAUGACAUGAUCUGCAGUAUUCAACCACAUCUUUCUUGAUUUUGGGCCAAAAGAAGUGCGACGUGAUUUUGUGAUAUGUCUUCUUUACUCCCAAAUGACCUGAAAGUGGUGAGUCAUGGGCUAAGUUCAGGACUUCGUUCCGGAAUGGGGUAGGAACUACUAUUUGAUGAACUAUCCUCCAUUCUUCGUCAGCAUUUGCGUCUGGAGGUCGCCAUUUUCUCAAAAGUAUGUCAUCUUGAAGGUAAUAACAUAUAGGGAAUUGUUCAGCUUCUUCUUGGGUCAAAGCGUUCUCUCGAAGUUUGACUAUUUCUGGAUCACUCUUCUGUUCUUCAAUAAGUUGCAUUCGAGUUGGAGUCUUGUAAUUACUAGCCUCUUCAUUUAGACUUGCAAAAAAUGUUUUUCCCAGGUCAAUUUCAGGAAGAAUUUUAUUGCUUUUUUGUGAAAUCUCUUUUGUGGAGAUCUUGGAACUCAUGGCCCUUGUCACAGCACAUGCUGGAUACAAUUCUUGAUCUUCUUCCUGAUUUUCAUUUAAACAAGGUUCAUGAGUAACGAUGGGCUCGGCUAUCACCUUCCCACCAGCUAAGUCAUUGCCUAGCAGCAACGAGAUGCCGUCCAAUGGUAAUGUUGGUCGGACACCCACAACCACAGGUCCGGAGACUAAGUCUGAUUUUAGGUUGAUGAGAUGUAAAGGUACAUCUAUGCAUCCCAGCUCUACACCUCGUAACAGGAUGUUGCUCCCAGUAGCAGUAGAUUCAGACAAGGGAAGUAUACCCUCAAGUAGUAAGGACUGUGAAGCACCUGUAUCUCGUAAGAUUUUGAUUGGUUGUAGACUGGAAAAAUCACCUGGCAGUGAUACGAAUCCUUCCGAUAUGAAAGGCAUGAAGUCUUGUAUGACAUCAGUAGUUUCUGAUGUAGAAUUUUGGACCUUGGUAGGUAAACUCUUGUUGGAGUCUUGAGAACAUUCGGCUAGGGUAGAGGAAGUAAAACUCUGGGUAGAGUCGUCAAAACUUGCACACAAGUCCUCAGUAAAACGCCCUCUGGAGGUAGACCUCUUCUUGGAGCAAAAGGAUCUUGGCGACAAGCUCAUAAAACUCGCAGUCGAAGCAGGAACUUGGCUGGAGUCAGUAAAACUAGCCUUAUUGUUCAUAAUGGAACUCUUUGAUGAGUCGUGACAAACCUCUUUGAAGUUUGUAUGGACAUCUGGAGAGCAAAAACUCUUGAAUUUUGAAAAUGUGUUUCCAGAUGUAUGACGAGACGUACAAGCGGAGACUUUGUGUUGUGUACCAGGAUGUGUGGUCUUCUCAGUUUUCUUCUUGAGUUUCCAGCAAUCAUCCCUCGUAUGUCCUUCUUUUUUACAGUAGGCACAUGUGUCUUUUGCACCAAUUUCUUUCGUACCGGGCUUGAAUGGUUUUUGUGGAGGUUUACUGUAAGUUGAUACAGCUGUCUUAUUGUGCCUGUCAUUUUUGGUGUCAGAUGGAUUCUUGGAAAGUUGAUGUGAGAUGGUGAAGUCGUCGGCUAACACUGCUGCCGUAUGUGCGUCACCUUCGCCACGGUCUGCAAUAUGUAUUCGCACCUCAGUACGAACACAGUUCUUGAACUCCUCCAUCAGAAUGAGGUUCUUGAAUUUCUUGAAGUCUGUCUCGGUGUUGGUUGCGUGCAGCCACUUGUCCAGGAGCCGUUCCUUUUCCCGGAGGAACUCAACAUGAGUCUGGCCAUCACGUUUCCACAGUUCCCUAAACUUUUUACGGUAUGCUUCGGGGACACAUUCAUAAGCCUUAAGUAUUAAUGAUUUUACUAGGUUAUAGUCCCCGCGCUGUUCCGCAUUCAGGGACACAAAGACUUCAGAUGCCCUUCCGGUCAAGGCUGGUUGAAGUAAGGUGGACCACAUAGUUUCAGGAAUUUUAAAAUUUUGGGCAGUUAUCUCAAACUGCGCAAAAUAUUGGUCAACCUCUUUUUCUGUAAAUUUAGGGAUUACUUUUGCAAAUUUAAUUGCAUCGCAACCCUGACCGGCUGGAGCCGUGAGUCUAUUUUCCAUUGCUCCUAAAUUGGCCGUUAUUUCCAUUUGUUUUAACUUUAUUGUUAGCUCUCUAUCUUUUUCUUCUUUCUCUCUCUGAGCUUUUAGCUCCAGCUGUUUAAGCUCUCGUUCUUUUUCUUCUUUCUCUCUCUGAGCUUCAAGCUCCAGCUGUUUAAGCUCACGUUCUUUAUCUAGCUCCAGCUGUUUAAGCUCACGUUCUUUUUCUCUCUGGGCAUCUAGUUCCAUUUGUUUGAGCUUUAGUUGGAGCUCCAUACUUGGAUCAGUCGGUUGUGUGACUGAGGCAAGUUCAUCUUCAGAUAACAUGUCUUCAUCCACAAAGUGAACGAUGAUCAUGUCUCGUAUGGUCUUUUUUACGGCCGAAUGAGCUACAUUUAUUUCUAGAGCUUUAGCAAUGGAAAAUAGCUCCUUCCUAGAACAUUUGUCUAAUGCCUCUACUGAUGGGUUUUCAAUAUCAAAAUCCAUUUUGACACAGGCAAAAUAUAACAAUGAUUUUUUUAUAAAAAUUUAAGCUUAGUGCACACACUAAUGAAAAAAUUGUAACCAGCUCUGUUGUUGGUGUCGUAAAAUGGUAUCGUGAACUCAAAUUAGUUUGAGUGUAUUAAGGUAAACAGUUUGUCAAAAUCCACAGAAAAAACGCUCAAUUUAUUAUUGGUGUAUUAAAAACUAUGGAUUAAAAUUAUCCUCGGAAAAUCCCACAAUUUGUUAAAAUUGGGGUCUAAUGAGAAUAAAAUAUGGAUUCGGUUAUCGCGGACGAUGCCCCCAAUUUGUUAGAAUUGGGGUCUUGAGAAAAAUAAUAAUAUAGAGUCCGCUAUAUCCGGGACGAGCAACCCAAUUUGUUACGCACUGACUUGUAUUGGGAGAAAUUAAUCUCCUAUUUUAAUUUUAAUUGGCUCGUUGUAAACAGUGCCUAACAAAGGACGAUACCAUAUAAUCAACAAUAUUAAAGAUACGACCCAAAACAGUUUCUAGUUACAAUUAAUUAAGAUUUAUUAUGUCUUAAGAUAAUUACAAAAUAAAAUAAAAUAAAAUUACAAUCUUCAACUUACAGUAUGGCAGAUGUCGUACCGGUACACAGUUAAUACAAUUAGAAAUAAUGAUGCCAAUAAAUAAUGCGAAAUAAACACAUAUAAGUAGGAGCACACAAAUACACAAAGAAUAAAACACGCCUCGUAAUGUUAAGAAAAUCUAUGUGAAAAAUCUCCGUCCCCUCGUGCCUGUCAAUCUCUUAUAUAUAUGUAGAGUAAGAUGCUUCGAGAAGGGCUUAUGACGUGUUGUUUACAUCUCUCGGGUUAAGGAGUAUAUUCCAGAAAUUACCCGAAAACAAUCUACCCAAUGCGUAAUUGGAAGCCGAUUGUAAACAAGCCACUUCAAAGACCUAAGCCACACCCCUUUGUGAACACAGCGUCUCAUGCGGGGUCAAUCAGAGGGCACGCACGAGAAAAUAUGAUGUAAACAAGCACUCCAUAACAUAAAUGUUUGUGCCACAAAUGUCUAGGUCAACACCAACUAUUUCCAACUGAAAAUGUCAUUUCUCUUUUGAGAUAUGGAAAUUUAAAGUUUCUUAAUAACUCGAUUGAAUUAAAAAAAAAAAAUUAUUCUUUGAUUUACAGGUGUUGAAGAUGACCACAUGAUCAGUGUGCCCUGGGAGACCUCCUCCAUUCAUGAGCUGGACCUUACAUCCACUGAGCUAUCUGCUAAUUGCUUGGAGAACAUCCUGCUUCGUAUGCCUGGAUUCACCUACUUGGCUCUGGGCUAUUGUGAAUUCUUUAAUGACAAGGUAUGUCAACAUUGUGUUACUUGGAUUCAUAGACCCUUUACCCAGUCAACCCCCUUAUCCAAUUGACCCCUUUGUCCAAAAGAUCCCUGUACCCAGUUGACACUUUUACCCACCCCUUUACCAAUUAGACCACUUUACACAAUAGAUCCCUUAACAAAGUUAACCACUUUGCCCAAUGUACCCCUUAGCCAAGAGGACCACUUGACCCAGUUGACCCUUUUUCACAGUUGCCCACUUAACCCAAUUGACCAAUUAACCGAGUUGACCAUUUUUCUCAAUUGACACCUUUAGCCACCCCUUUUCCCCAGUAGACCAUUUUACCCAGUAGACCCCUUUACCCAGAUGACCCCUUUUUUACCCACUUGACCCAUUUAACAAGUUUCUACGACUACCAAGUGAUUAUUUCUUGGAUAUUUAUUAAUUGCCUUCAUUUAUAUGCUGACUAUACUGCAGUUGGUGGGGGGGGGGGAUGUCUGCAGAUUCAAUUUCUGACACCACCUUUUGCCUUAACCUUAAGUGUCCACUCAGCUACAUAUAUUAUGAUAUAUGUGGUUAAUUUUUUGCUAAAUAUAUAUUUAUCUGUUCUAUUUGCUGACUACAGAUUUUGGAAAAGCUGAUGGAGAAAGGUAAAUUCAAUCGCCUCCAAGCCCUGGACAUAAGUCACACACAUGCCUUAAGUGAGAACGCCAUCUAUCAGUUCAUACAGACCCAUGGACACAAUCUACGGGGACUGAUGCUGGCUGGGAAACCAAAGCUUACUGAGAAUUUUUGGCUCAAUGCUAUCCCUUAUUUGAAGAACAUCAAGUAACUGAAUUUUGUUUUGGAUCUUGUUAUUUUGGCUGGAUUAAUGACAUUUUUUAGAACUAAUUCUGAAGCUGAACUAAUGUCAGAUGCCGUUAACCAAGUGGCAUAAGGUUGGCGGGGUGCUUGCGGAAAGGGCUAACUACCCAUUUUUGGGGGGAAGGGGAAGCAAAAAAUCUUUGCCUGCCCCGGGCGGCACUGACCCUAGCUACACCACUGUUAUGACCUCAUUCAAAGUCACUAAAUAUAUUCCCACCUCUCUCAAGUCUCCACCUCACCCAGAAUGGGGCUUGACCUAAGGCUACACAAAAAAGGUGUGUAAGGGGGGGGGAGGGGGGGUUGUGUUGUGUAUCAAUUAAAAUUUUUAAGUUCUCUUGUAAACUUAAUCAGACAAGUUCUUAAAAUUUUAAUUUGUACCUCCUACUAGUCCUACUUGAAAUUGUUUGAGAAGAAAACAUUUCAAAAUUGUAAUGAGUUUUUGUAAAGGGCUUAUUACUUUUAGUUUUUAAAUCAAUAACUUAAUUUUUAAAAUAAAAAUAAUUCCACCACAAAGCAUCAUAAUGAAUUUGGAGUUUUAAAAAAAAAAUAUAUCGAUAAACUUAAAGGAAUAUUGGAAAUGAAAUAUUGUCAACCCUACUUAUUAUAUAAUAUUAACUCCAUUAAAAUCCGAAAACUCUAGCAGUGACCUGUAGGUAUUAAGUUGUAUUACUUAUUUCCAGAUUUGAAAAUGACAGCAUUGAUUUUUUGGAUUGCUUUAAAUCUAAAGUAUAAUUAUUUAUUUUCAGAAUCUGUGUUUUAGGCACAGCCAAUGGGUGGUUCCUGAAAAUGCAGUCUCGUAUCCAUGUUGAUCAGAUUGUAGAAGCCUUUGCUCAGCAUUGCCCCAGAUUAGAACGCUGUGAGAUCCAGUGGGAUCCAGAUACCAUCCGCUUUAGUGAUAAGAGUAAUAAAUUCAUUGAUCACAUCAGGUAAGAAUAAUUUCUGUUGCGCUGGCCAAAGACACAUCCAAAACAAGAGAUGUUAAAAUGAAUCCAUUAGUGUAGAGAAAUUGACAAAAUGCUAUAUUUCAGGUUCAGAAUAGGGAUGUUAAAUUGUUUUGUUUUUGGCAAAGUAGUUUUUUAAAACCGGCUUCAAACUGGAUUUUGGUUUGAAAGUUAGAUCUUGAGUUUUAUUAGAAAUAAAGAGUCUACAUAGGGGUGUGUUUUGGGUGUGUGUGUGUCUUGGGUGAGUUCCCACACUUUUCCCUCCAGGACGUGACCCGUAUUUGCAAUGCAUUCUAAAUAUUUCCUCCCAGUCAUGUCAUAUCAACAUGAAAUUGUUUAAGACAAAACAAUCCAUGGGUGUAAGGAAAGGGGACGGAGAGGGCUGUUAGCUCCUUUUUUGAAGGGGGGAGAGGGGGCCGACAUUUUUCAGUGCACUCCAUAUACUUUAAAAAGCUUCUUUUUUUAUCUUUAUGAAUUGUCUUUACAUUGUAGUUUUAGUUAUUUUGUGUGUGUGUUAUUGCAAGUUUAUUAUUUUGUUAUAUAUGUUUUAAAUCUGAUUAGAAUUGAGUCUUUUUUGAUAUCGUGAUAAAAAAAACUUAUGUAACCAUUUUGUGAAAAUCAACAAAACCAGUUUUAGUUUAAUAUUGCUCAGUUCAGAACCAUUUGAGAGUUAAGAGCCUUUGGGGCAUUGCCCAAUGGGUAAUUAAGGGCCCUAAUUUUUUAUUACCGUAGAAUGUUGUUAACACUUGCUUAAUUAUUAAAUUGCAAAUGUUUUAGAAUUAUGAAUUUUAGACAUGACGAAGGGGAGACAAUUAUGUAUAUUGUAUCACUAGAAACACAUUUCUGUCUGUAAAUCCAAUUAUUUUCUUUUCAUCACUCCAUAGGCUACGAUGUCCAGGUCUCAAGUCUUUUGCCCUCAGUGAUGGUGAAUAUUAUGAGAUGGUGAAAUCCAAUUUUGAAAGGGCAGACAGGGUAAAAGUGGUGAGGACAUGCACAAAUUACACUACCAGCAUUGUGGGCCUGCUCACCAACUACAAUGAUUUAUUGUUCAACUGAUUGAGUCCAUAGAUUGACGUCAACCCACCCACCGUUUCAUAAUCAAAGUAUACACCAUUUUUAUUUCAGUACAUUUAAAUUCUAUAUUCCCUGCAACAAAUUAUCAAAAUAUUGAUGAUCAACUUCUUAUUUUGACUUCUUUCCCCCAAGACACUUUGCAAUGAAUGUAAGUUUCUUCUCAACCCACCCACCCCUUAUUACUUAAUAUUAGUUUAGAUGAUCACAUUUGAUCUCACAUAUCAGUUUUUAUAUAACAGAGAUAAGAGAAAAGAUGUGGUUGUAAAGACUCUAUUAGAUUUUACAUUAAAACAAGUUCUACUUGCAUGGAAAAUGCCUGGGUAAUUAUAGUAAUAUGAUCUUGAAAUAAUUUUUCUGAAGCAAUUUCUGUGCAUUACUCUGGGGGUUUAAGAAACUUAAUUUAAGUUUUUUUAUUUGGGAUAACCUUGAGACUAACAUGUAAUUUUUCGCUCAAGUUGCUCAAAUACUACUCAAGGGGUAGAUAAUUCUAGAACAAAAUGAGCACUUUUAAACUGUGCUGAACAUUAAAUUAAAUAAUUAAAUAUAAUCUAUAUUAAAUAUGUAUUUUGUAUGCCCCUUACCGUAAGACAAAUCAAAACUUCUAUGACAUAACAAAUAUAUGUACACAAUCAGUAUUUCCACAUUGCUUUGAUAUUUUUUCUAAGUUGACCCACAUUUUAAGAAUCUCAUCUCCUGUAAGAUGCAUCACAUAAAUGUAUGUUGAUGUCUGUGAAUGUGUAAGGCAGGCCUAACAAAUAGUUGUAUAUAAGUCAUGUGUUUAUUCUGUCAAGGUUUUAAAAAUUGGGCCAGGCAUCAGGUUUAAGGGCAAGGUCAGAACUUGGCAGUCUUGAAAGAAACAUGCACCUGAAAAUGGAUGCCCUUGGACUAGAUCCUAGAUAAAUUAAGUCUGAAAAAAAUUAUCGUCAGCAGGACCUGACAUUUUGAACAUGAUUUAUCAUGAGCAAUUGUGUUCAUCUCUGCUACAUGAUCCAUUGUCUGUGUUUUGAUGUAACCUAUCAGUGUCACUAACAGGUUGUUAAUUAGGGAAUAGUUGCAGAGCAUCCAGAGUUGCCCACUGCUUGUUGAUAGUCAGGUAACUUUUGUCUCAGUCAGGUGUUGGUAGCCAUUUGAUCACAUCCUGUUACUGUCUUGCUUAACACAGAGUUGUCCUUGAUGGGGUGUUUCAAUUAGGUUCUGAGAUGACUGGCUUAAUUGACCUGUAGGGUCUUGAGUGUGUCAGCACCAUUGCCAUCUCAGUAUUCUUGGAAAGGAAACUUGAGGUGCUCACCAGAAGCUUUGAGCUAAAACAAAAUGAAUCAAAGACAUUAUUUGUAAUUAUUCUAAUGUGACUUUAAAAAAAAUUUGUUAACACUAUCUCAAGAUUUAAAAAUUAAAAAAAAAAUUAUUUACUAUUCCUUUUGAAAUGAAUCCACAUAUUGACAACGAUAAACUAGAUCAUCUAUUAAACUAAGGUGUCUAUGGAUGAUGAGAGAAAAACUGCAGUGAUUCUCAUCAAGAAUAUUUCUGAUUUAUCUGAAUUCUUUGAACCAAUAAAAAGUUUGAAAGAUUUAUGAAAUGAGCUAUCCAUUGAUUGUAGCACAGCUUCAGUUUGCCUCUGUCUGAUGAGACACAAGGAUCAACACAUACCAUGUGACUAACUUAUGAUGUCAUAUCCUGGUUAUGUGGGGAAGAGUUCCACAUUUAUUGGGGCAAAGAUAUUAUGGCCUUAUUCUUUUUCAUAAAUUUGCUCCAAUUUAUGCAGACAUUCUUUAUAUUAUAUAUUUGUGUAAAUCUGUGCACAAAAUGACAAUCUGCUGUAACCCCUGGAUCAACCAGGUAUCCUGCUUUGAAUAAUGGCAGAUUUGGUUGUUUUAUUUUUUUUAAAGAAAUAUUUCGUUGAUAACAUUCUAGAGACAUUAAUAGAGUGUGUUUAGAGAAAGUGAAUAUUGUUAGAGUUCAGAUAUUUCCUCCAAUGAGACGAAACUCUGAUUGUUUGUGUUACUUUGCCCAUUUUAUUGUAAAAUUGUAUGACAAUUACCCAUAAUUAACCACCAUCAAGGCCAGGGAUUGGCAAUACACACACACACACACACACACAAAUCAUCCUCUUUUCAAACUCUCCAUCUGUGUAGUGAGUUUGGGGCCAUCCAUAUAGUAUAUACGCAGGGGGGGGGGGCGCGACCUUUUUUAAAUUCUAAAAAGUACAAAUUGAAAUAGUGAAUAAAUUAUCAAAAUAAAAUAAAUGGUUGGGUAAAAAUAACUAAAACAUGUAUGUAGGUCACUAAGCGUCAUCUAGUAACUGCAAACUGCUAGAUUGGAUUAAAAGUGGAAAUAAAAUUAUGAAAAUUGAGUAAUUAUUUGGGGUGCCCCUUGGAAGAAGCCGAAGCAACAAAGGACAGCGCCAUGCAGAGGAAAAGCGCUAUGCCGAGGAAAAGUGCCAUGCCGAGGAAAAGCGGAAAAUGGUGUCACUUCAUUUAUAGUACUGGGAUGGACAAGUAAAAAAGACGCCUUUUGGUCCCCCUUGUCUUUCUGAAGUAUGUCGGAUUAUAUAUUUAAUUAAACAUUAAGGUCCUAACUAAAGACUAUUUUGGACCUCAAUUCAUCUGCCCUCUUUGCCCCAUUCUCAAGGCUCUGCCCAAGGGUAACGUGACAUCCCAGAGGAAAGUGGCAAAUAUUAUGGAACCACUGGGCUAACCAAACCUGUGAAUCAGUGGGGUCGGGGGUUCGAAAAUAUGACUUUUUAUUUUUGCGUACAUACUAAAUGGAUGGUUCCUUAUUAUGGUUAUUGUUAGUUAGCUGUAAGCUGUUGGUUGUCUAUCCCUGAUUUAUACUGAACCUUAUUUAUUUAUUUAAAAGCUUGAUUAAAAAGUCGUGUGCAAUAUUUUACCACCAUAAA